CCACACUCUGGCAAACACCCCCUUCCUCAUUUCUCUUUUUUUUCUAUAUAUUUCCCCUGCCUCUAUAUUCUCUCCUUUCUGAAAUAUCCCCUCCCUGUCUCUGCCUCAGUCCUCCUCUUACUCACCCUCCCUAUCGCUUUCUCUCCUCCUCUCCCUGCUUCCCAUACACACACACUCAGUCCUGGAUAUGUCUGAGGAAUGAGUGCAGGGUGAUUGGGGGGGGAAUCAGUGUAUUUGGUGGGGGGUCACACCAAUGGUUCAACAGAACAGAAUGGCAAGGACUCCUUCCAGCUCCACACAGGAGAUCCAAAUGGAUGUUUUGGAAGGGCACAGUCUGCAGGUGAGAGACACUUCUAGUAACAGUACAUAUAAUGCUUGUGUGUUCUUUUAUAGAAUCCUGCUAUAUCCCUGUAUAGGGUGACAUGGGAAAACAGCCAGUGUAAAUGGAUGAAUGGAUGGAUAGAUAGAAAGAAAAAUAAAUAAUUGUGAUUAUAUAGAAUGGAAGGCAGCUAUAAAGGAAAAGGAAUGUAGUAGAGAAGAGAGAUGCAGACUGGGGUAUAGAGAGAGACAGCUGGUAUAAGUGAGCAGGUAAACACAGGGAGGUAUGGGGGAUGGGAGAGUAGCAGGAUCUUAGCCCUCUAGGAGUGAUAGGGUUAAUUCAGAAGCACUGUAAAAGUCUGCAGCAAAAAAACAGUCCUGGGGACAGUUUAAAGGGACCACCGUGGGUGGGGAAAAUCUGUGUGCUAAAAAUAUCUGAUAUGCCACUAUUUCCAUUGUGCCUGGUAUAAAUAGAGGAGAAAUACAGUAAGUUGCAAGAAGAGAUAAUACUAAUAUGAGGCGUUAUAAGAUAAAGCAAUAAGGAUCAUUUACAGAUUUUGAAUAGCAACUGGAUGAAUAAUUGUGACGAGAAUAUAUAGAGAGCAACGGAAACAUUUUUUUGGGAGUGCUUCUGGCCAACCCUUCCUUGGCACUCGAGCUGUAAAUUUCCCAUGAUCCUCAGGCAGCUGUUCAACAUUGGGAAUGUAGUCCACAACAGCUCGAGAGCCAACAAUUUGUCGUCACUUUGUUAUGGGAACCAAUCGGAGUUGUUAUACGGAAUGGCCAUAGAACAAUAGGAGGAGUUAAGACAAAUUACCUGUGCCAUCAUUAGAUUUGUAAGCAGCACUGCCAUGGAAGGAAUGGGCCUAUCAUUUUAAAGACUUACAACGUUAUUCCCUAAAGUGCGAAUUUAUGGUAUUAAGCCAAAAUAGCCAUUUACGAAACAAAUCUCCCAUGUCACUCGUGAUUCCAGUUCAACUAUUUUAGCCAAAAUGUUGAUAUUCACUUUGAAAUCCCGUGAAUUCACACGUUAGUGAGAACCAUGUAAAAGGGAAGAAAACAAAAACAUGUAAAGGGGGUUAUAAAAGUAGACAGUAAAAGAACAUUUUAUUAGUUUCCAUGGUAAUUAUUCCACUUUUAGAACUUGGCCUGUAACUGUCUUUUAUGUUAAACCCCCAAAUGUGGGUAAUAGCCAGUUGGAAAAGAAACGCCCCAUCCCAGUUUCUACUCAGAGCUGUAUUUGGUCAACCUGUGGUCCCAAUAGGAGCCUGACAGGAUGUGGCAUAUCUGUAAGUAAAUAAAGGUUACAGAAAUUGUGACAUAUUAUAAGGAGGACAAAGAACACCUACAGGAUGUGUUAAAUGGACCCAAGAGGAGAAGUAAUUGAAAUGGUUUAUACAGAGCAGUAGAAAAAUUAAUUGGAGCCGUGAAAGGACUUUUGAGGGACAUAUUUAAAAUUAGGACCCUAGCUAGUGGAGGCAUUGUUCACCAUGAACUUGGCUAUAGUAAAUUGUGGAAGUCACUUCUCACAUUGGUACCCCUUACCAUAUACUGUGGGUUGCUUACCCUACCAAUAUUGGGGAGGCCAAAAGGAGUGGUGACAAUGGGCAUGUGCAGCUGUGAAAUUGGCUAGCCUGCCAGAAAUUGAAUAUUUCAGCCUGUGUUCCCAGUUGUACUAAGGGCAAAACAAGGCAAGUAUAAGAACAGUGCUGCUUCCCCAGGAUAUAUUUACUAAACAGUUGAAUAAAGAAACACAUGUCUUCAAGUCAUAAGUGCAGUAUCCCAAGUUAUCCCACUCAGAGAAGACCAUGUUUAUACCUGAAGCACACUGAUCUGAGAAUGGGCUUAAUGCCCGGACAGCACUUUGUGAAACUCAAGUGUGUCUAAUGAUGUACUCACGCUGCUCUGAUUGGAAACAGCAGUGGGGUUCUAACCCAAUGAUGUUAGGAGCGGUCCGGCCCAGGUGGCAGGUAGGGUGCACAGAGAACCCCCUCUCACCAGAGCAGGCACCUGCCUACUAGCAACAAUACCACGUGACAAGUAGCUGCUUUGCUGGUUUAGAGCUUGAGUAGAGUAUGGAGCAGGCCGCUCAGCGGGCGCCAUGGUAGUUGCUGGGAUCAGUCUAUGCACUUGCUGUACAGAUCCUGUACUAAUGCCGUGAGCCAGGAUGGAACAUCACCCCAGCCUUGGCAUCAGUACAGAACUGCAGGAGCUUUGCAAUCAGUGUACAGACUGAUCCCAGCAGUGUGAGUAUGAAUGUAUGUAAAUAUAGUUCCUUGACAAAAGGAUGUGGGGGGGAUCAAGAUACAUUUCUGGUCUGGGUGCCAGACAACCGACGUACGCCCUUGGGAGACAUUUCCAUGGUGCCUCUUGAUGCUAGAGAGCAGGAAACAAGCUCAUUAUAGGAGCACAGGAACCUGAAUUCAUGAUGAUAACACCAAACCUGGGACAAAUGGGAGAAAUAGGGUUGGCAACUUCUGGUCUUGGCGGCAAGUACAAGCAAAUUGCCUUUUUUCCCACUAUAAACAAACAGAUUCUAUAUUAAGGUGGGCCAGUCUAGGGUUGUAUAGCAUUGAGUUCAAGGUCUCAAGAAAAUUAGAAGCUCACGCAGUAAUAGGCUAGUAAAGGCCCUGCACAAUUCCUGCCUGCUUUCUUACUAUUGUAGGACCCUGCUUGUUAUGUCCGUGGCUUGGGGGGGCGGGGGGGGGGCUAAACAUGUCUUAAAUAUCUUAACCAUGGUGACCAAGUGUUACACAGUACUUCAUUCAGCUAGACCCUGUCAUCUGCAUCCAAUUUUAAAACCAAAAUACUCAGUACAACAGAAUAUGGUAUCGGAUGUCAAUAUUUUGACAAUCCGUCAGGAUUUCAGAGGAAGUAAAUGAGAAAUUAUAGUUUUUGUCAUGUAAUAUUGAGAUAUUGAGAUAAGAUGUAGCUUAUCGAGAGCAAUUACCAUAAUUACUAUAAAAAUGCAUGUCUGACCAGAUAUAUAUUAGAUUUCUUCCUAAAUGUGUUAAUUCACUGUUAUUUGCCACAUUCUUUUUAAUUUUCAGGCCAAAUAUGCAAAGAGAAAGAGUCGUUUUAAACGUUCAGAUGGCAGCACAAGCUCGGACACUACCUCUAACAGCUUUGUGAGACAGGUAGGUCAUACUCGGCACUGUUUUACACUUUGGCCUGGUGUGUGAAGCAGAACAGACAGGCAGGCAGGCAUCGCUAGGCCCCAGCCCUGGUUUCUAUGACAACCAGCAUCAGGGAAGAGAUGCUCCUACGUCAAGAGAUGGAAAUGACAAACUCUAAUUAACUGGAAGAGAGGGAGAGAGUAGAGAUGGUGAAGAAGAAUAGAAAGGCAGAAAAUGACAAAAACAAUGCAAACAGAAAAAAAUAUUAUUUUGCAGCAGAGUGAUAAGAAAUGAGAACAUUUAAGAGUAAUAUAAGCUUUGUCCUGCAUACUGUUGUAUACAUACUUGCACUAUAUGUGUAGCAGUGUGUGUUUGCUUGUUGAGUCUGCCUGUAAUGUAUGCAAUGGUAAAGCAUUAUUAUUUUUUAAUUUCCAUUUGCCACACAAGUGGUUGUAGUGUAUUGUCACACUGUUUUAUCCUGAGCUGCAUUUGCUCCCUGUGUGCACUAUAUUUUGGUUUUGGAAUUGUGUAACAGUGAGAACUGCACUGCAGUACCCAGUGUUCUGUUUUUUCACUGUAUAAAUCAUUGUGUUGUAACACACGUUUUCAAUUGUCAUUACUUGUGUACAUGCUAUGGUAUAAUAAUGCGUGGGUGGGUGCUUACUCCUGGGGUCUUGUUCUGUUUAUUUAUCUGUGCUUGUGUAUUUCGAGGAUAAAUAGUGUAAUAUACACCAUUUCACAUUUACUGCGACUCUCAUGAUUCUGAGCCUGGAUCAUAGCUUGCUGUAAGACCAUCUGCAUAGCAGCCGCAGUCAACAGACACAGGCUUUCAGGAGGCUGGAUAUCGGUGGUUUGGGGGCAGAUGUCCUGGUUUGAGGGCUGGAAAAGAAUUGUUAAAUAAAUCAAUAAAGUAAAUUGCAGUGGUGGCUGCUUAAUUGGUAAAGAGGUGGAGUCCAGGACAAGUUUUGGGCUCGUAACCAUCUGCUCCCUGUGUCGCUUGUACAAUACUUGUUACUGUAUAUUAUGUACCUAUUGUUGCAAAGUGUGUUAAAGGAAAACUUCAACCUUCCAACCUCUGAUCUCUAAUUAUUUUUUUUGGGGUGCCCCAGGUAGACGUUAUCAUACUAACUCCUCCCCUUUACAGAUGUCCAGACAUGCAUGUUUCUAUGGCAUUGACUCCAUCUCUGCAUUACAGGCUGUAGUGGGUGAUUGUGGCAAUAGUAGGGGACUUGGUCAGUAGUGUGGGAUUAGGUGCUGUAGUGUGGGUUUUGUGCUGUAGUGGGAGAUAGGGGCUAUAGUGGGGGAUCGGAGGUGUAGUGGGAAAUAGGAGCUUUCGUGGGGUAUAAAGGCUGUAGUGGGAGUUAUGGGCUGAAGUGGUGAAUUAGUAGAUGUUUUGUUGGUUUGGGGUAGUAGUAGUGGGGUAUAAAGGCAGUAAAGAGGAGUUAGUGAGGCGUAAGAGCUAAAGUGGGGUUAGAAGAUGUAAUGGAGGAAGGGAAAAUACAGUAGUGGGGGGUUGGGGGAUUUAGUGGGGGUUAGGGGUGUACUGUGGGACAAGAGGCAGUAGUAGGGUGGUUAUGGAAUGUUGUGGGAGUUCAAGGGUGUCUUGAGGGGAAGAUAAGUGACUUAAAUAAAGCACUCUCAAUGACUGGCGCUUGCUUGGCAGAGGCUCAGCCCAGCCUCAACUCAUGUUCAUAGCUGUGUUGUGUGUGAAUCAGGGAUAUAACAUGUGUUAUGUCCUGCCCUCCCCCCUCCCCAUGCUGCUUGGCCACGCUACAGUAAGGAGAAGAGCAGAGACAGUGGCAUGCUGGGUUUAUUAUUUGCCCCGAGCUCCCUGGAAAGGCACAGAACUCAUAAUAAUAAAUGACAUAGAUUAGAAGUUAUUCUGGACCCAUUCGGAGCUUUAACUCGGGUCAGCUCCCAUUGUGGACACACCUGGCGCCACCCUUUCUGCCUUGGCGCCUGGGUGCGGUGCACCUUGUGCACUCGCCCAAGAUCAGCCCAGCAGUGUUUGAAAAGUAGAAUAGCAGUGAAGUCUCAUUUAUUUUGUUUUGGUUUUGUAUGUCUGCAUAGUCUAAAUCAUUAUAGUAACAUGGAGUGUGUUUAUAUGUCACCCUUUGUUCUGUACUUUCUCUGCUUCAGCUGGUCAUAUCAAUAUAUGAAUGGCUUACGUCAGAGAUCAAUCUUGGCACUCUGUUACGCGUGUUGUAACUGAUUGGUCCUCAGGGUUGUAAUAUGAUGCUGCAUGCUUUGCUUUUCACUCAGGCUUGCCACACACGGUCAAUAAUACUCUGCUUUUUCAUAAGCCCAGAAUUGUGUUUAUUGAAACGUUAGAAUGAAGCACUAGACAGUGUUCUGUUGAUGUGUGCAUAAAUGACAGUGAUUUAUAUGGCAGCAGCACUGUAAAAUAGGUAAACAAGACACAAACAAAACAUUUCAUUCUAACAAAAAAUGUAGCACAUACGGGAACAGUAGUUAAAGAGGGCCCUGCCCUAAUGAGCUUACAAUCUAAAGACUCAGUUCCAUGCUAUUAAGUGCGCUAUUGCUCUCAAUGACUAUUUAGCGAUUUUGAGGUAAAGGGCCCCACUGCAUCAUCCAUUAUCCAUCAGUGUUUUUGCGUCAUCAUAUUCCAGUUUUGGACGGCCAUACUGCAGUGUCAUUAAAGCAAGUACUCUAGUGAAUAUUAAAACUGGCAAAUUUCAAUGGAUUUGUUGAAUUUUUUGACUGUUCGUACAAAUGCUUUGUACUUAGGGUUCUGUGAGAAUCAAAGUUUUACCACUGACAAGGACUAGCUGAUUAAUUUAUUUUUUUCCCCGGAAUUGUUCUUUUUUUCAAAAUGUCUACUUAGGUUCAUAUCUACUUUCAUGCAUGUGUUAUAUGCGUUUACAUUUAAAGGUACAGUACAGAUUGUUGGAAAUAAGUCAGUAGAGAAGUAUUUAAGUGUAGAAAAUACACCUCAUGAUUUUUAAAUGGUUUCAUAAGAUUAUUGUUAAGAGGGGGAGAAGGAUGUGCCCUAAUGUCUUUGUAUGAGAAAGUAAAUAAUAAAUCUGUGGACAUUUAAAAAAAAAAAAAAAAAUGUAAAUCUACUUGUUCAAGACUAAAGUGGCUUCCCAAUCUACUUGUCCUGACACAAAUUGAUUUAAAAUUAGAAAGUUUCGGGGCCCUGCUUAGACAUGGGCAUUGGCAGGGUUAUUCACUAAACUCUGAAUGAAAAAAACAAAGGCAGAAAAGGCUGAUCUGGAAAAAAUCUAAAAUUUAGCAAUAGUCACAACUGGCUAUCCUCAUCAGCCUAUUGUUACUCUAACAUUUUAUAAUGCUCUCAUAUAUUGUUAAAUUUCCCAAAUUUCAUAAUAUUUUAAAGUGCUGAAGAAUACGUUGGCGCUGUAUAAAUGCCAAUAAUAAUAAUAAUAAUAAUUUUGACUUGGUUUUGCCUUUUGGAUUUAUUUAGAAAAAAAUUGUAAUUUAGUGCCUCGUCCUCUGUCAACGACCAUGGGAUAUGGUGGCUAGGUGUAAUGAGUUUGUAGAGAUUGUUGACUACGUGUAAUGUGUGUGUGCUGGUUGUAUAUAAUGUGUGUGUAUAUAUAUGCUGCUCUAUGUAAUGAGUGUGGUGUGUGCUCGCUAUUUGCAAUCUGGGUGAUGUGUCCUGGCUGUACGUAAUGUGUGUGCUGUGUGCUGGCUCCCAUGUAAUGUUUGUGUGGUGUGUGCUGGCUGUAUGUCAGCCUGUUCAGCAUUGGCCCCCGCAUCUGGUUCAUACAUUGCAAGAUAAAACUUACAAGGAAAGGUUAAAGGAACUUAACAUGUAUAACUUGGAGGAAAGGCGAGACAGGGGGGAUAUGAUAGAAACACUUAAAUACAUAAAGGGAAUCAACACAGUAAAGGAGGAGACUAUAUUUAAAAGAAGAAAAACUACCACACCAAGAGGACAUAGUCCUAAAUUAGAGGGGCAAAGGUUUAAAAAUAAUAUCAGGAAGUAUUACUUUACUGAGAGGGUAGUGGAUGCAUGGCAUAGCCUUCCAGCUGAAGUGGUAGAGGUUAACACAGUGAAGGAGUUAAAGCAUGUGUGGGAUAGGCAUAAGGCUAUCCUAGAUAUAAGAAAAGGUCAGGGACUAAUUAAAGUAUUAGAAAAUUGGGCAUACUAGAUGGGCUGAAUGGUUCUUAUCUGCCGUCACAUUCUAUGUUUUUUUGCGGAAUGGAAGCUUUAAUCUUCCUGCUCUGUUCCCUCACACGCAGGAAGCCAGGAAUAUGAUGUCCCUCCCCGGCAUCACUAAACAGAACAUGAAGAUUACAGUUUCACAGUAGCUCUACUGGACCCCAGGGAAAGUAUCCACUCAAGCUCUCCCAAAGAUUGGGAGGCUGAGUGGACCUAAAUUAGAAAAAAAAAAAUAAUAAUAAUGAUAAUGUGAGAGAAUGUGUCUGUCUGUCAGGGAGUGUGUAUGGCAUUCUGUCAGUGUGUGUGUCUAUCAGUGAGUGAAUGUGUGCCUGUCAGUGAAUGUGUGUGUCUGUCUGAGUGUGUCUGUCUUUCUGUCUGUCAUUGAGUGUGUGUGUGUGUGUCUGUCAGUGAGUUUUUAUGUUUAGUUUACUGGCCCCUCUCCAAGCACAUGGGAAAGGUUUUUACUCACCUUUUUUCACACACUGUGCCAGUCGCGCCUCCAUAUCUUAAAUAAUCAAUCUUGAUGUUCUCAGCAAAUCCAAUGCUUUCACAUAUAAAAGCAUUAGGAGGCUAUUGUACAUGCUCGGCAAAACACUGCACCAAUCAGCAUCUCCUAAUAGAGAUGCAUUAAAUCAAUGCAUCUCUAUGGGAAACGUUCAGCUUCUCCAUGCUGAGUGUGGAGACUGCAGUAGGAAGCACCUGCAGUAGCCAUAUGCCACUGGACUGCCACUAGAGGUGUUACUAGACAGCAAUGUAAACACUACCUUUUCUCUGCAAUUGAACUUUCUGCACUGAAAAUGCUUUAGAGAUUGUGAGAACAGUCUUUUUGAUGCUUUUCUGACUGUUCUGUGACCAGGUCCAUAGUCUGUAGGUAGGAGGCUGGUCUCCAGUAAUGUAGGCUCCAUCACAUUUCUCCCCUCCCAACAGUAGACUAUCCAAGUACCAGACUUUCAAUCGGUUUGUGCCUGAGUUAGUCUGAAAACAAGUCCAAAAAAGUCUGUCCAGUCUGACAGUCCCUAGAAUGCAGCUCCCCAACACAGAUCCACUCAUGGCCAUCACAGUUCCCCCUUCCCAGUGACAAAGGUGCCAUCAGGCACUCAUUGAGUCCUCUCCAGACAGGGCCCCGGGAAAUCUGAGCCCCAAAACCUUGUUUCCCAACAGAACUUCCACAUUCAGCCCAUCCCCAAAUAGCUAAUUUCCUCAGCUACUCAUUGUCCAAAGAGUGACCUGAUUCCACAUACCGUGUACAACAGGCUAGGACUUCCAUCUGUUCUUUACCAGGGUGCUACCGCAACCGGGUGGCCGGUAUCCUGUGCACUCGGGUAGGCUGCAUCUGCUGGGGAAGGGGGGGGGGUGAAGACUUCAGGGAUGGUGAGAAAAAUCUUUGUGUUGCUUUUCAGGGUGUUCUGUGAGAGUGGGCUGGCUUCCAAGCAUCUCCACGAGCCCUAGUAACAGGGGCUUCGGUCACAUGCCACUAUUGUACACAUUAUACACUUUUUAUACUGUGUAUAAAAUGGUUGCUCCACCUUCAUGCACUGGUGACUUUUUUCUGUCUCUUUUCUUGUAUGAUACCACAUUUAUCUACCUGGCCCUUGUUCCUGUUUGAUUAAAUUCACAAAAUAAGGCAAAUGAUUACUACAACUUGGGGGGGAAAAGACACAUUUGCAAUGCAAAGGAUUUUCCUUUGAUAACCACCAUAAUCAUGAUAACCACUACAGCCCACCAUAGUUACGAUGGUACUGUUAGUAAUAGGGCAAACUGUUUUAAAGUGGUGUUCUCUCUUACCUUGCCCUGCCAGGCACCAUACCUCCUCUGUAGGCAGGUUUACUACAGGUUGCCAAUCUGACCAGUCAUUCAUUAGCUGAGAGUGUCAGUUGAUUGUUCUCAGCCAACGAAUGAGCGUCUGUGCAUAGAAAUGGGCCCCAAAUUUAUAUUAGCCAGCCUGGAACUCUUGUUCUGGGCUGACUGGGGGCCCCGUGACGCUGCCAGAGGUGGAGUUGGUGAAACCUAAGCCCCUUCAGAUGGUUUGAAAUAAAACCAGCGGGCAGCUUCUGACCACCCCUAUAUUCCAAAGAUAGUUUGUAAUUACCACAACUACCCUAAGAUUGCGGACAUGACUUUUUCACUGGGCCUGUCUGACAAUGAAUGCCAGUGCUGCUGGACAAACUAUAUUGGCUUUUUAAAGCCUUAGGGAGGAAGGCAUAUCAUCCAAAAUCAGUUUCUAUGGCUAGGAGAUAGGAGUAGCUUUUGAGCAAAUGCUAAAUUGGCGUAGACUACGCUAAGCUGCCCAUUGCUCACAAGCUACUAGGAUCUUCUUUACAGAGGUUCCAGUACCAUACUUACUUUUUUUCUCGAGGUACUUAGAAUCUAUUCUUACUCCAUAGUUACUAAAGGUAUGUAUAACUCUGAUCUGCACUAAGUAGUGGGAAACAGCUAAAAAUAGCUGUUAGUUCAGGAUUGAUCUCUCAAUUCUCAGAUGUUCGUCAAUACCUUUCUUAUAGGAAAUUUUGCUUACUUGCAAAGCUACUUUCAAAUUCUUUACCUAUUACCAGGGGUAUUGCAUCAAAGCAUCCAUUUUGUAUUUUAUGCUAUUGGGUGCUUUUUUUGUCUUUACUAUGUAAUACAACUUUUGCUUUAAAAAGGGGUUUUGGUAUAUACAUCGUGUCCCUGCAAUCUUACUGGUCAAUUCUCUGCCAUUUAGGAGUUUAAUCACUUGGUUUUUGCAGCCCUAGCCACACCCUCCCUUCAUGCGACUUGAACAGCCUUAUUCAACACUUCCUGUAAAGAGAGAUCUAAUUUUUAAACUUCCUUUAUUGCACAUUCGGUUUAAUUUAGAAUUUCGUAUCCCCUGCUCUGGUAAUAGUCUGCUGAACCUGCAGGGCCUCCUGUGUGUGAUUAAAGUUACAUUUACUGAGAAGGAGAUAAAAAAAAAACUUAAUGUCUGAUUGAAAUUAAAACAAUUUAUUUCAUGGAGUCUGUGCUAGACACAACCAGCAGAAAUAUGGCUAGGGCAAGUUAACUGUGAUUCCCUAAGCUUUUUCCCUUUCUCCAGAGUUCUCAUGUUCUCUGUUUGUGCUGCCAUGCAUUUGCUUGGGCUCUCCCUAAGGAUAAUCCAAAACCCCAUGAUCUAUUUCCUAGAGUGGUAUCAGCUACACCUCAUUGAGGAGGACCAAAGAAGGCCAAAACGAUUGUCCGGGUUUGCUGUAUCUCUCGUGCAUAGAGAAAUUGCCGCCAUUGAGGUUCUCGACUGCCUUUAUUUGUAGGAUCAGUCUGAUAAGUAAGUGGUAUAGAUUCUCUUUAAAAUGGCACAAGUGAUCAAGAACUGUUUUUAGACCUGUGCGGGAAAUAACUGAAGGGCAAGCUAAUGAGAUUCUCUAAGCCUUUGCCCAUUCUCAGAGUUCUCGUUUUCUCUGUUUUUGUUCCAAGGUAUGGCUAAGGCUGAUUAACCAAAAACAAAAGUGGUUUAAAUUCUAAAUGGCAGAGAAUGGCACGAUCUGUAUACUAAAACUGCUUCAUUAAGCUAAAGUUAUUCUGAUGCCUAUAGUAUGCCUUUAAAGUUGUAAUUCUCUUUGAAUUCUCAUUUUAGUGAAUAGUCCUGAUAAUGUGAUGGGAAAUGAUAAACUUUGAUGUCAUAUAUGCUCACAUUUUCUUGAGACCGCACUCUCUCACAUGAUCUCUCCAACACACACACUCUCACGUGUAGUCUCAUAGGCUGCCUCACAUGUACACAAACUCGCACACUGGUGUAUUAUUAUUAUUUAUAAAGCGUCAACAAGUUCCAUAUCGCUGUAAAAUGGGUGGACUAACAGACAAAUAUUUCUAACGGGACGAGUUGGACACACAGGAACAGAGGGGGGCCCUGCUCAAUGAACUUACAUGCUAGAGGGAGUGGGAUAAUGUGACACAAAAGGUAAGGGUAAGGUAGAAAAGUAGGUUGCUAGGAUAGGAGAGACAUCAGGGUUCGGGGAGGGAAAGCUGUUCACAGUUUAAUUGACAUGCUUUCCUAAAAAAGUACGUUUUCAAAGAUUCUUUGAAGGAGUGGAGAUUGGGUGGAAGUCUAAAAGAGAGGGGGAAGGGCGUUCCAUAGGAUUGGUGCAGCCCUAGAGAAGUCUUUAAGGUGAGCGUCAGUGGUAGGAGUACGAACAGAGGUUAGACGUAGGUCUCCGGCAAAGCGUAGGGGCCUAGAUGGGACAUAUUCAUGUAAUGGUGAGGAUAAGUAGGUCGGAGCAGCAUUGUGUAGAGAUUUAUAGGCAAGUAUCAGGAUCUUAAAUUGAGUCCUAUAUCUUACGGGAAGUCGGUGUAGGGACUGACAAAGUGGGGAGGCGUGGGAGGUGCGGGCGGACAGGAAGAUGAGCCUCGCCGCCGUAUUCAUUAUACACUGUAACGGGGCAAGUUGUGAACACGUAAGACCACUGAGAAGCGGAUUACAGUAGUCAAGGCGAGAGAGGACAGCGACAUGGACAAGCACCUUUGCCGUAUCAAGUGUUAAAUAGGGUUGGAUGUGCGCAAUAUUUUUGAGAUGGAAGCAGCAGGAUUUGGCGAUUGAUUGGACAUGAGAGGUGAAGGAGAGGUCAGAGUCAAAGAGAACACUUAGAGAUAGAGUUGAUGGUAGCACCAUUGACUUGGAAGGACACAGACAAGGGAGUAGCAACACUUGAGGGAGGAAAGACCAGAAGUUCUGUUUUGGACAGGUUCAAUUUAAGGAAAUGAGCAGCCAUCCAGUUGGAAAUAGCAAAGAGGCAAUCAGAGACACAAGUCAAGAGGGGUGCUGAGCAUUUUUAUUGCCAUGGCUCAUCUUUAAAGCAACAGAGUUUGGGUGACAUUGGAUAUAUCUGUAAAAAUGUGACAGUCCAUGAAAAAGUGGGAGAAAAUCUGAAGGUGUGUGUUGUAGUCUGUUGUGAUGAGGUAUGGACCAGAUGUAUAAUUUUCCUGAUUCAAUUCCAUUGUGCUAUGUAGUAUUUGCUCAUGGCAUAACACGAAAACAGUCCCUCUCAGCCAGCUCCAAGUCAGAUCUAUCAAAGUGACAGAGGAAAUCAGAAAACAAUAGAUCUUGAGUGAAGAGGGUAAAAGCCCUUGAAGGGUAAAGGUAUGGAGCACUAAUAAUCUCAGGACACGAUUAGUAGGUUUAUGCUACCACUUAACAGGUACAUUACUAAAACAGGCAUAGGACAGGAUAAUGGAUGCAUUGCCCCAUAAUUUAUGUUUACAAGAGAGCUCUAUUUACAUUGCAUUUCAUGACUGGUGGAAUAACUUUCAGAGGUCCCUGUUUUUACUGCUACAAGCCACUGGCAUUGCUUUCUAGCAGUCUGGCACAGUGUGAGCUGAAAAUAGCCGGACACACUGGUAUAUGAUCCGAGAAAGAGAAAAAAGGUCCGGGCACUCCAAAGCUCAAUAAGGCAAAUUUAUUGGAACGAAGAAAAAAACAUUUCGACCGUACAAUGCUGUUUUCUGUUCCAAUAAAUUUGCCUUAUUUGCUUUGGAGUGCCCAACCUUUUUUCUCUUUCUUGGAUGAAAUAUUGUGUGGGGUUUGUGCUAGCUCCUGGUUAGGUUGCACCUAAGUAUUUUGCUCUCUCGAAUGUGCAGUUCCUUCACUUUUAUUGGUCUAUCUAUACUCUGGUAUAUGAUGACAUAUCCUGGUGUGGUUUUCUUUAUUAAGACUUCACUUACAGCUUUGCGCCACUAGAGGGCAGUGAAGCACAGACUUCCGAUCCUUCAUAUUUACUAUACGGAAGGGGUUUUUGGGGGCACCCAUUUCAACACAGGUUGGAGAUUUAAUAAAGCGAGUGAAUUGCCAUGUGUGUGAUUUGAUAGGGUUAUAUUUAUUAGAGGUUUGUUUCCUGGUGUCUGUGUUUUAGGACUAUUUUUUUUUUGGCAAUGUGUAACGAUUAGAUAUUUGUAGUGUGAUAUAUAAAAAUUAUGUUAAUCACAAACUUUGGGGUCGGUUUCUUGUGAUUCCCAGGUAGCCAACAGUCUGAACAACUAUUUUGGGAGCAGCCGUAGCCCUCCACUUUUUGUGAAGUAUGGCUCCCAUGAUGCUCAGCUAAGCUUAAACAUUUGGAGUAGUGUCACUGAAUUUCAUUUGCUGUGAAUUGUGGCUCAGAUUACACUCAGCCAGCCAAUAGACUGCAUAAGGAAUAAGGAAGAAUAUGGCUCUCCAAUGGCUUGUUACUUCAACAGGAUGUGAUGUCAUAGUCAGGAACAGGUGCUACAGAUAUCACGGCUGUGCAUGUUAGGAGCAGGUGGCUCUCUAGUUUGUGUGUAGUAUGGUCACCAUGAGGCUCAACCAUCCACAAUUAAGAGCUAGGUGACCGCAGCAAUAACACUUUAGUAGCUUUAGAGUGCUCAGCUAACCUUUUUGGUUGCCUUAGUCUCAUUGCAUCUCUUCUCCACAUUAUGUAAAGUACCAGAGAUUAGUCAUCACUGGCCCAAAACGAAAAUGAAUCCUCCCCCCACUCACUUUCCUUUUUAGCAACCAUUCAUGUUAUGGGCCCGGAAUAGCUUUCCUGUUGGAAUGCUGGAACUUAGCCUAUGUUAUGACACAUAGAUUUUAACAUGUCUUCCUAGUACUGUGAUUAGUUUUGGCAUGCUUUUCAUUCUUUUUAUGAUUCAUAUUAUGCAGUAACUAGACUUGGAGAUUCGUUUUGGUCCAAACUGCAAUUUGUGAGGAUUUGGGCAGAUUGGGUGAUAAGUAAAAUUCACGAACUACGAGCUAAAAUAUAUCGGACCAACCGAGAAGCGCAAUGGCCGAGUAUGUUCGUUUUGAUUUGUAAUGCAGAAUUCUGUCCAUGGCACCAAAAAAAAUAAUAAAAAAAAUAGGGAAGGUUAAUAAUUGUUGACUUUAUUCACAUAUUAAUUGAAAAGCGAGCAAUAGAGGAGCACUAUAUUGAUAUAUACAUAUAGAUUUCUUUUUUAAUUUAUUUUAUUACUGCUCCUUCAGUUUUUCUCUCAAUUGGUUACAUUUUCUUACUUUAUCUCUGAACUAAAUGGCGUGAAAAUGCUCCUAUCAGUGCAAUGCAACAUAUACAUGUACCAUUCUCAUUACAUAUGUAUUUUGCAGUACACUGAUUGGCCCAUUUAUGUGCCAUUUUGGUUCGUCUAAAUUAAUUUCCUGGAUUUUGUUUUCCGGUACUGAAAUUUUGGUGAGGCGAACCGACAUAUGGUCCCCCAAAAAUUCCUAUUUUGGAGGGAAAUGGUUUGGCCAAACUGAAUCUUCUCGCCAUGCCUAAAAAUAACCGAGCGGUCCUUGCAGCAUUGUUAGAUAAUGAAAUAGGAAGCGUAUUUGUCUAAUAGAGCAAAGCAAAUCUGUCCAUGGUGUAAGUGUUCCUCUAUCACUCUACUCUCCGCUGUGGCACUGAAAGUGUUCAUUUUGCCAUGCAACGCAUAUUUUAGUUCACAGACCUUUUUAGUUGCAUGAGAAUCAUAGGAUUUACCCUUGAAAAUAAUACUGUUUCCUGUUUAACGCCAACUAAUACAUUGAUAUUGGCUGUACAUGGUUGUAUGCUUUUUAUUAGUGUUUUUAGUUUUAUAUGUGGCAUGUUUAAAACUGGUGCUGUUGAUGAGUUAGUAAUUAGCUAGUUAAUAGAAACCUUUUUAUAUAUUAUUUUUUUUUUGCCUGUUUUUAAUUACUGAAUUUCUUUUUAGAGAGCUACCGUUUCCCAGAGAGUCUAGUAUGUUUAAUUUUUAUUAAAAUAGUUUCAUUUUGUGUGUGAAGAAAUGGUUAUAGUUUAAAAGGUUCCUUGCUAUGUAGUUCCCUUUGAUGUCAAGGGGACGCACAGCUUUUUAGGGUUAGUGCAUUUUUACCUCUUAUGUACAGACAAAAUUUACAUUGUUUAACAGCUUUUGGCUCUUCCAUGUGGAAAUUAGCCUACAAGUCAACUGCUGUCAUGUGUGAUCAAAAUCCUGAACUGUACUUGCAGCAAUGAUUGCGCGUGUUACUAACUUAAAGGAUCACUAUAGGGUCAGGAACACAAACAUGUAUUCCUGACCCUGUAGUGAAAACCCACCAUUUAGUCUCCUACUGUACAGCACUGAGCCAGGAAGCCCGUCCAGUGGCCAUCUGAGGCCAUCUGAAAAGGCAGUGUUUGCACGAAAAUGCCUGAAGGCAAUGAUUAUACUCACCAGAACAACUACAUUAAGCUGUAGUUGUUCUGGUGACUAUAGUGUCCCUUUAAGACCAUUGUUAGUACUACUGAGUAGAAAUGGAAAAUGUGUUAGGAUACUGUGACAAGUAAAGACAUUUUAGUAUUCUUUGAUAAACGAAAUUUGAGAAAUAGGAUCAGAAUGAUACAUAAGUUUAUAAUCAGAAUUUAACUUUAAAACUUAUGACUACACGCAUAUUAGGGAAGCAAGGAUUUAAUUUACUGAAACAUAUUAAAGCAGAAUUUGCAACAAAAAAAAACUGCAGGGACAUCGUCUCUGGUGGUCCGGUGGUCAGGGAGGGGGUGGUAAAAAUAAGAUUUGUUUAGCUGAACCUGUCCCCUCGCUGGUGCGGCCAUCUUUCUCCGGCCGGUCGUCUUUAGCAGUAGCCGACGUCAUUGCUGAACUCUUGCGCAUGUGUGAGAUUACAGCAUUGAGGUCUAUGGAAGUUCCUGUGAGAGUGCAGAAUCCUCCAUUCACUGCGCCAAUUCCGCAGCCGUCAGGAUUGACACUGUAGCUCCACCCAGUGUGUAAGAAGGUCAGGCGGAGGAAAUAUACAGAGACAAAGUAGUCUCUACUCUGUCUCUGUAUAUCUCUUGACUGUGUUGGAAUUUCUUUCUUUAUGAAAUACAAUUUUUUUCGGGUGGGGGUGGGGUGACAGUGCCGCUUUAAAAAGAAUAAAUAUUACAUUUUGUGAUUGGUUCAGUAAUGGUAGAAUGGUAUAUGCAUAUUUUGGGAUAGCUACAGGAAUGGUAGAUUGGUACAUGCUGGGGCAUAUGCCAUAGAAAAGUGAGGAUUUCAGUGGAAUUAAAGAUGUGUCUGUGAUUUCUAUGUGAUAGGUAGAUAGAGAACUACGUCUUCUGCUCUCAGUGCAUUGGAAAGAGUAGGGGGUUAUGUGUCUAUGCUUUUUGGAGAUGAGGAUUAUAUGUUUCCACAGACUCUGUCAGUUUACCCAGCAUUGCCAUGUCCCCUUCUAGCCGACAUGCUCCUGUUUGUGUCUCUUGCUGUCCCCCGAACACUGCUAAAUAUACCCUCCCAGGUUGCAAAGGCUGCAGGAUUCCUGUAACCUGAGCCUGAGGCUCCGGGGAGAUCUCUCCGAGAGUGGAGCAGUAUGUCUGCUCCAGACCCUACCGGGGCUGUCUCCAUCAUGGACCCCCAACCCAAAAUCCAGCGUCCUGUCUUGGUGAGGCUCCUUUUUUCCAUAUUUCUAUAUCCGUGAAUCCUUCUGUUUGUUUCCCUAACAUCUGUUUUCUUUCAAGAUGCCUGCUGUGCAAUAUUUCUAUGCCUGUCUUCUCUCGGAAGGAUUCAACAUCUAACCCUUUAUUCUCAUUCUCUAACUCCCUUCUGCACGGUGUGAUUUGGGUAGGGGUCUUUCGGUACUAUGGUUCUGUGUGUAGUUGUCUGUGGGGUUAUAUUUAGGUUUCUUAUUUAUACUUACUCUAUUUGUGUUCUCUGUGACUUGUUAUGAAUGGGGGUAAUGAGUUUCUGGUUCCUAGAGUCAGUAUGGCUAAGAAUAAAUGUAUUAAUUAACCAUUACAAGACAACUAUUAUAUAUACAUAUACAGUAGAAUUGUGGAACCUGCCUAGUUAAAAAAACUAUGAUUGGAUAUUUUAGAAACAAAUCUAUUGCCCCUGUUAAAACAAUAGAACCUUAGUGCCGAGGGCAGCAGAAAACACCUUGCGAGGGACAUCUUGGGCCUCCAGUCACAGAGCCCUGUGUGGUACAGGGAUAUCAAAUGAUAACCGAGAUGCGUGUGCUUGUAUAAGAGACUAUCCAGUUUAUUACACCUACUUUUACAGAGCAGUGUUACAGCUGGCAGAUUAUAAAUAUGCCUUCUCAGCGGUAUUCCCUUACUCUCUCCAGAAGCCGGAUUCAGUCCGGUGCGUCUAAAUGAGAAAAAUAUUUCUCUAAUGCUAAAGAUAUAUGUGAACUAAACUUACUGACCGUAAUACUCACCAUGAAUUCUACUCAGUGGUGUUGCUACACCAGGCUGCCCUGGGCUGGAGUCCCAAGAUGGCUCCUUAGACGCCCCAGGUUUUACCACCAUUUUAUUGUUGCCCCCCAAGGCCCCUUAAAUCCUUCAACUGUAAGUGUACGAUUUGUAAUAUUGAGAUAGAAAAAAGCACCUUCAAUUCCUGAUAUUCCACUUACCCUUCUACUGUUCCUCUCAGUUAUGUAUUACAAAUUAUGUAAUUCUGUUAUGAUUUAACACAUGAGACAGCUACAGAGGGGACUUUAAAAAAAAUCGACAGUCUCUAUGGUCUUCCCAGCUUCACUCCCUGCACAGAAACAGUAAAGACCAUAGAGACUAUCUGUCUGUUUUCAAACACUGUCUGACCCAAGGUGUAUGAAUAUGGCUGAAGGGUCUUGCCAUCUACUAAAGGUACGGAUAAUAGUUCUAAUUUUUUUUAAAAGGUAUACUUUAUUUUAAAAAAAAAUUUAAAAAUUCUGUUUUAUUUAAAAAAUUGAUGAAACGACUAUUAUAUUAAAAAAUAUUGUUGAGGUGACAGUUGUGCAAUAAGCAAAUAGACCAUAUAUAUAAUUAAAUCUGCACCCAUGUAACGGUUAAUAUUUUUGCUAAUGCUGUCAUGAACAUAAUUGAAGGGAAAUAUUAAUGUUCCGUCUUCUUGUCUCCACAUGCUUUGAACUACUGUUGUUUCUCAAAAACUGGCUAGGGAUUAUGGGAGUUCUGGACAGCUAUUUUUGGAUUUUCCCACUAGGGUCUGUGGAAAAUAAAGAGUUAAAACACUUAAUUUGUUUUCUUCAUGCAGAGCGUGAGGACGUCUAGCGUCAGUUACCGUACCAAAAGUCCGUUAACAGCCAGGUAGCGCCUCCAGUGGCAGUCUGGUAGACAGAACUGGGGAAGACUUAGUGCUGAAAUUUAAACAUUGCAGCACUAAGUGCAAUGGGGACACUGCACCCAGACCACUUCAGUAAUCUGGUGGUCGGGGUGCCUGUUGUGUCCCUUUAAGGCGGGAUAACUCAGAAUAGACUGAAAUGAAAAUACAGCGUGUGUGAAAUUUGGAAAUUAUAAAUAAGAUAAAGGACUGAUUAUAUAGCUUCUGGCGUUUAUGUGGUUAACUGGAUUUGAAAGAUAGAAAUGAAAUGGGGAUGCAGAAAUGAAAUGGCAAUGCUGGAGAUUAAAAGUAACACUGGAGAUAUAUAAAUGUUGGCACUGGUAAUGGCAUGGCAGAGGUGCCCAUGAAUUGGGACAUGGAGAGGAAAUAGGGAACUGGACAUGGCAUUUUAUUGAAAAUUAGACGUGGAAGCUGGAGAUGAGAUGAAGCACUGGAGUGGACAUGUGUACUCCGAGAGGUUUGAGAUAUGAUGGGAGGAAAGACGGGGAGGCUGGAGAUUUAAUGGGGGUCUGGAGAUUAAAAUACUGAAACCUGAGAGGGGUGAAAGCAGAGUUGGUGGGCACGGAAUUGGAGAUACGAUGCAGGCUUGAGAGGAGAUGAGCCAGGAGGAAUGAAGGAGUAAGAAUUGGGAGGAAAUGAGAUAAUGCUGGAUACGUUGGGAGAGAUGAAGAGGUUCGAGGGGAUGGAUAAUGUGAUGUCGACAGUCGAUAUAUGUUUUAUGUGUGUCAUAGAUCAAAUAGGUGCAAUAAAGUUAAAGGGACACUAUAGAACAGAACAACUUUAGCUUAAUGAAGCAGUUUUUAUGUAAAUCACUGUGUUUAUGCAGCCCUAGUCAAACCUCCCUGCAUGUAAUUUCCACAGCCUUCCUAAAUACUUCCUGUAAAGUCAUCUUUAUUGUAAAUAGUAUCUCCUGCUAUGUUAGUAGCCUUCUAGACCCCGCAGGAGCCUCCUAUGUGUAGUUAAAGUUCUAUUUACAGAGCAGGAGAUAAAAGUAAGAUACAUCUGACUCACAGCCAGGGGAGAUGUGGCUAGGGCUGCAUAGACAGAACAAAGGUGAUUCAACUCCUAAAUGGCAGGGAAUUGAGCCGUGAGACUUCAGAGGCAUGAUAUAUACACAAAAACUGCUUCAUUAAGCUAAAGUUAUUUUGGUGACAAUAGUGCCCCUUUAAAGUUAACCUGAUGCAGUGUAAUGCAAUUCUGCUAUAUAGGGCAGCAUUUUCCCAGUUCUCUGUUUUGUGAAACCCCCUCCAAAAUGGUUUGACAGAAAAUUGGGAGUUGGCACCCAUAGACUUAUAACUACUUCAAUAAGCUGUAGUUGGUAUGGUGCUUCGAGUGUCACUUUAAAUAAGGGAAUUUUAUUAAGGAUUUGAUAGAAUUCUAGCACUUCAGGACUAAACAGUUAGCCACAUUGCUUCUGAUUUUAAAAAUAUGGUGUUUGUCAUGUAUGUCCUUUGAAUGUGCUACUGUAAGGUGCAUUACACGUUUGCCUGGAGUACCGACUAUCAGGGGGAACUCUGCCACUGUACAGGUCAGUAGUGAGAUCAAAAGAUCUCACUGAUCAUCUAUGCACCCCAUCAGUAGUCAAAUUAUUUCUAGGGUUACUUAUUUUUAGGGUGUGUAGUCUGCCACUGAAGUAGGCGUAUAUCACUUUAAGCACUCUUUUGUACUCCUGACAUUUCUGAGUGGCUCAUUGCACUUCCACCUAGUUACCCAGCCAACACUCUGCGUCACUGAGAAUGCCCGGACUAGAAAGAGCGCUGAUUGUGACCUGCACCCACUAAAGAUACACAACACAUAUACCCACUAAACCACCAGUAUUCUGCUAUAUGCCUGUCAGACCUCCAAAGAUUAAAAUACUCUCCCGUGUUAUUAUUUUUAAAGAAUAAUGAAGACACAUAUUACCCCAUGCAGCCUGUGCCUACACACAACUCACACAUCCUCCACAAACACACAAUACAUGCAGCCUUUACAGACUCUUAACCACACGCAGACGGUGGUUAGUGGGGGAGCUAGUUAAGUUGAAAACUGGUAGAGAAGUAGCAGAAAAGAGACAGAACGUUGGAGAACAGAGACACAUGUACAGUAAAACUUAGACACGUAAAGGGACACUAUGGUCACCAGAAUCAUUACAGCUUAAUGUAGUUGUUCUGGUGUCUAUAGCCUGUCCCUGCAGGCUGAGCACUGUAAACGCAGCCUUUUCAGAAAAAAACACUCAGUGGCGGUCAGUCAGACGGCCACUAGAGGUACUUCCUAGUCCAGUGCAGCACUUGCGUUCAGCAACUUCACACGCACUGCAUGGAAGCGCUGAACUUUCCCAAUAGUGAUGCAUUGCUUCAUUGAACCCCUAUGAGGAGAUGCUGAUUGGCGCUGCACUGUAUUUUUCUGUGAAUGCGCAAUAGCCUCCCAAUGCUUGCCUAUGGAAAAGGAUUGGAUUGGCUGAGAUCAUCAAUAUUGAUGAUCUCAGCCAUGAGGGCCGGGCCAACCGCCACGAGACCGACAUGGAACAAAAAAGGUAUGUAAACUGUUCCCAAUGCAAUCGGAGGGAUACCAUUUACCUAAAUAGUUAGUUUAACAUUAUAGUGUUAGGAAUAUAUGUUUGUUUGUAUUCCUGCCACUAUCGUGUUCCUUCAAAAAAGAAAUGGGAAAUGAGAAAGAAGAAUGAGAAAUUGGCAGAGGGAGACUCUAGGGAGAAGAAAAUAAUAUGAGACUGAAGGGAGAUGUGGGAAACAUGAGGGGGUGGAAGACUGGACUUUUGUAAAAAGCAUUGCACCAGUCCUGCAUUCAUCAUUAUUAUCAUUAUCAGCUAUCUCAGAUUAGUAGACGCAUGACUAUAAAAGCAGGACGAAUCAGAAUAUUUUUAUUUAUUUAUUUAUUUAUUCAAAAUGUUUGUGCUACGUAUCUACACACAUUUAAAAAAAAACCAUGUUUGAUGGUGAAAAACAUAGUAAAUGGACACUCUUGGCCCCAUAAUAACUUCAUCGUAAUUAAGUUGUUAUGGUGUGAGGAGGUCCUGGGUGCUGGAAUGCAAAUAGAGGCUUUUAGCUUGUGCCUGAUUACUCUGUUCCUGUACUUUCACUCUAAACCUGAAGCAUCAAUCAGGACGCCUUGGACCAGACACUGUUUAUAGGCUGAGAGCAUCAUAUGAAAUUCUCAGCCUAUCAGAGUCAGCUGAUUCGAGGCUUCCUAAUUGAAGCCUUGGACCUUGAUCAGAAGAGCGACCAAGUGGCGGUUUGAAGUCUUUGGUGUUACACCGUUUGCUAAUGGUUUAACCCAUUCAGGUAAGCUGGUGCUGGGGACCUCCUUGUACUAAAAGAACUUGAUUGUGAUGAAGUUAUUCCGAUAUUCAGAGGGGUCCUUUAACCCUUUAAGGACACAUGACAUGUGUGACAUGUCAUGAUUCCCUUUUAUUCCAGAAGUUUGGUCCUUAAAGGGUUAAAUACUACCACACGCAAUAGUGUCAGCUUUUAGAGUGCUUAUAGUAUGGAUUGUUAUUUAUUUAUUCAUUUUUUAAUUCUUUAUUUUGCAGGUGAGCAGGUAUAACAUGUGUAUCAAAUAAGUCAAACAACAUAUGCUUAGCAUAGUACAGUGUUGAUAGCAAAUAUAUCAGCGAUUUAACACCUUUUUUUAAAUUUAUGUUUAAGAUAGCUUUGGUGAAGAGAGGUCGAUAUACAGCAGCUUAUAAUCAAGUGUAGAGCAUGGCAGACAUCCAAGACCACUAACCAUAACAUACAUAGCAUAACACGUUGUAUCAGGAGCGUAUAUGUGUCUGCCAGUUUGCCUGCUCGUAUGGAGAAACUACCUGGAGAUGUACUCCUAGAAGUGUAUCUGGGCUGCCUGUCUGUUGGCAAGUGUCUGUGCAUGUUCUAGCCCAAGUGGGAAUGAAAUGAGCUCCAUGACCCCGAAGCUCGAGGGGGGAGGGGGAGACUGUGUGCGUUAGAAACUGUUCCAUAGAACGGUACAUAACUUAGGUUCUGCUGUGUUCUCUAGAGGGCAUUUGACCUGUAUAGGUCCUUACCACGGUGUUGUGGCACAAGCGGAGAAACAUAUAUAAGGGGAAAACAAAUCGGAACUGCAUCUGAAACUUAAAGACUGGGUUAACUGUUAAUAUAGUAUUGGAAAGUCCGCUGUAAAAUCCCCGUGUGAUAGGGCAUUUGCUGAGCAGGGCCUCUUUCGUCUGCACCUCAUCCCGGAGCAGAGGAACCAGCUGAUGUGAAGACGGUGACAUUGUUCAAAUCCCACUGAUGAGUGGGUCUGCCAGUUACGGAUGUGACAUGGGUGGUUAUCCCCAGUGCUAGUAAAAAGCUUUCUGCGUUGGACGAAGAUGUAAACUUGUGGCAUGUAUCAUUUUGCUUGACCAUAAAGGAUCGUGGGAACCCCUUUGUAUGGGAUGUUUGCCGCUCUCAGCUGGCUGGUCACCUCCUUAAAUGUAGCACGCCAUUGCAGCGUUGCUCUGCUGAGGUCAUAAUAGAAGUUUAAAGCAUCUUGCUCAAACAUAAAUGGUGCGUGACCUUUAACCUGUGAGAGGAAGGUGUCCUUGUCGGAUCGUGAGCUGAAGCCCAGAAUCACAUCCCUGGGAGUCUGAGCCUUGUUCCUAGGUCCUCCUGGUAGUCUUAAUAGUCCAUCGUGCUGCAACCCUUUAGCUUGCUUGGGUGUCAAGGCUGCUGCAAACAGUCUACUGAUAUAGUGGGGUAGUUCUCCAGCAUCAAUAGCGUUAGGAAUACCCCGAAUUUUCAGGUUGCGCUGGCAUGCCAAGUCUUCCAGGUGUUCCAACUUAGCGCUGCGCAGGUGUUUGACACCUCCUGUAGGUGAGUAUCAGCGGAUUGUUGUUUAAGUCCAAUACUUUGGACGGUAUCCUCUGCGGCUUUAAUUCUCCUUGCUAGCAUGCCUUUUAAUGUCGCCAUUUUAGAGGUAAAGAAUGUUUUAAUGUCCGUUACUAUUGUGUGAAUAUCGUUUUUUGUGGCCCACUGUGGGUCAGGCUGCUUCUGAUAAGUGGCUUUGCCGCUGCGGGAUUGUAACAGAAGGUCUGCCAGGUCCUGAUCCUCGUCUUCCGAGGCCGUGUCGAAGCCGCAUGAUGAGUCAGGGAGCAGGUCUCAUCUUAGGCCUACUCGGUUGUGAGAGUAUGAGGCCGAUAUCUCAUGUUUGGACCCCGAGUUUUACAGGAAUGCUUCCCCUUGAUCUCUCCCGGUGCGUGGGUUAUUUUGUGUCUCUGUAGAGGGUGUAUAGGCAGUCGGUUUCCCCUCUCUCUGCCGGAGCUCAGAGUGCUUGUGACCGCUCAACUUGCUGGCUAGCUCCGCCCCUGGAUUGUUAUUUAAACAGAAUUCCUACUCAAAUGUUUUCUAAACUACAAUUUUUAGGGCUUUAAAGCCUUUCAAUGUUGACUACUAUCUCUACUGAAAGCAUGUGAUCACUAGAGAUGUCGCGAACCGUCCGCGAAAGGUUCGCCGCGAACUCCGGUCAGCUGACACGUCCCGGCCAAUCUCCAGCAGACCCUCCCUCCCAGACCCUCCUACUUCCUGGACAGCAUCCAUGUUCAACAUGGAUGCUGUCCAGGAAGUAGGAGGGUCUGGGAGGGAGGGUCUGCUGGAGAUUGGCCGGGACGUGUCAGCUGACCGGAGUUCGCCGCGAACAGCUCGUGGCGAACCGUUCGCGAGAAGUUUGCGACAUCUCUAGUGAUCACUAAGAAAUUACAGAGAUGGAGAGACUGUUGGAGAGCUGAUUAAUUCAUUUAGUAGAGGAAAUCGGUGUUGCUAGGUUUUGGGAUUGUGUUCAAUGUUUCAGACUAUAAAAUUCUAGGGUUUCGUCUGUCUGCUUGUUUUUUUUGACUGUGCAUGGGAGAUGACUUUUUAAGAUGUUAUUUCAUAUUACAGAGGGGAGUGUGCAAAAAAAACGUAAACAGUUUUUUAAUGCACAAAAUCAACAAUUAUAAUGUCCCUGAAAGUGUUUGGUAGCAGAGGUAGGUAUAGCGAGGUAUAGUGAAUGCAUAGUAAAUAUGACUAGAUUAAAUGAUUGUGUUGCAUAGGACAAUUAUGAAACAUAGUAAAAAGUCAUCUAGUUACCACUCUCCCAUACUUAAAAGGUUGUAUUCUUGAUUAUACACAAGCGUUCCUAUCCAAAGCCUUUUUUUUUUAAUCUUUCACUAUAAUAAUUUCUACCACAUCUGCUGGAAGCCUUUUCCAUGCAUCUAUAACUCUUUUUGUAAACAAUGAUUUUUUUUUCUGACAUAAUUCAUAAAUACCCCUCCCUCUGACUGCAAGUUAUACACUGAUCAGCUACAACAUUCAAACCACUGACAGGUGAAGUGAAUAACAUUGAUUAUAUCGUUACAAUGGCACCUGUCAAGCGGUGGGAUGUAUUGAGCAGCAAGUGAACAGUCAGUUCUUGAAUUUCAUGUGUUAAAAGCAGGAAAAUUGGACAAGAGAAAAGAUCUGAGUGGCUUUAACAAGGGCUAAAUAGUGAUAGCUAGACGACUGGGGCAGAGAAUUUUCAAAACGGCAAGCCUUGUGGGGUUUUCCUGGUAUGCAGUGUCUAGUACCUACUAGAAGCGAUGGACAACCUGUGAACUAACAUCAUGGUCAUCCGAGGCUCGUUGAUGCACAGAUGGAGCAAAGUUGGCUUGUGUGGUACAAUCACACUGAAGAGCUAAUGUAGCUCAAGUUGCUUAUAAAUUUAAUGCUGACAAUAAUAGAAAGGUGUCAGAACACACAGUCAGGGAUUUUGAAUGUGUAUUGCUUGACACUCUGACUCAGUGAGUGCCAGGACCGCGAUGAGCAGAUAAUGAAGUCCUGUCUGUGGUCUAGUAACAUGGAAUGUGCUGAAUGAAUUGGUUAGAGUUAUAUCUAGAUGAGAGACAAAUAUGCUUUACCCUAACAGUGUUCAGCUUCCUGCACAUUGUUCAAAUAUAGAAUUAAGAGGAACUGGCAAAAUAUUUUACAAAUGUAUGUAUGCUUGACCUUCUUGUUUACUUUCUUGCAAAUUGUGUCUGUCUUCUGCAGAAGGUCCCAUCUUUUCUUCUUUUUACUCCCCCUGGCUAUCUUUAGGUUGUUGGUUGAUGUCAUCUCCACAGUUGCAAUAUGUUUGUGGUGUACGAUCUCCCACUAGACCACCAAGAAAUAUAACCCCUUAUUGGGCCACCACGAGACCAGAAUAAUUCACCAGGAAAUUUCAGUGGGGGGCAAAACAGAGCACUACAAGCACUAUGCACAGCUAGCACAAACACUACACACAGCUAGCACACAAACACAGUCACUAAAUACAGCCAACACACACCACAGACUCACUACGCACACAUUAUAUACAUCCAGUACACACCACUCUCACUACAUACACACACCAGUACACAUCUCACAUACACACACAUUACACGCAGCUGACACACAUACCACACACUCAUUACACCUAGCCACCACACACCCUAUGGGCAAGGCACUAAACUCCAAAUUUUCACAAAUUAAAUCUGAAUGGCAAAAUUAAUGCAAAAAUAGCCAGUUGUGGGGACGGGGCUUGACCGCUGAUCGGAUCACACGUGCUUCGUCUGAGCUCCUGCAUCUGAGCCUGAAAAUCUGUGCUAACUGAGAGCCACAAGCAGACACUGACCCACAUCGAAGACCAAACAACUCACCAGCUGUUGGUCUACAUGGAGAUACCGCACACAAACUGGCAUCAAAGUAACCCGAUCGAAGCCUGAGGCCUACUGAAGCUUGAGCUGGGACGAGAUGGCCGCUCUCCCAGGUCUCCAACCGACGACUUGCUGAAAGUAAGCGGAGAGAAGAGGGGCGGGAAAAGAGUGGGCACUCCUUCUAAAGCUAACACAAAGUCUCCCACGAUGGGCCCACUCGGGCUGAAGUCCACCAGGGAGGAAGCUCCGCAGCAUCGGCCACUGGCACAGAGAAUCCGACACCAUAAAUGGCGACUCGUCACCAAGGCAGUCUCCUACCAAGGGAGAACUCGGCCUCAUACAAGAGUAUCUAAGUUUGUGGCCUCCAGUUGCAGGAGUUUAAGACGGCCCGGGGCUAUGAGGAGGACCUACCUGAACUCUGCCUCUUGCUGACAGACAACCCCCUAAGCCUGCUACCAAGCCGGGGUAUCGGCUGAUCCGGGACUCACACACAUAGCCUAAUCAAUUAACACAGCACAAAACAGACACACGCCACAGCACACGACUGCCACUUGCACACACUGGCUCUGACAGUUACACUCUCACUUGAAGAACCCUCCUAUGCACCUGCCUGGGGGAGAAGCUGCCGACCGGUACCACAUACUGACAAACACUAUGAUCUGAAACCCGUGGUUGCCCUACUUAUAAUCCAAACAUGAAGAUUAGGUACGCAUAACGCAAACUUGCAUUUCUGCUUCUAGCCUGCAAGGCUUACUAGCUUGCUAUACCUGCUAAUGUUACUCUACUACUAUAAUUAUAAAAUGUGCAUGUUUUUUUUAAUGCUCCUAUUGAUAUGCAUGUCAAUUUGCUUGAGGACUGCUGUUGGGGCACCUUGAACUUGUAUGUUACUACCAAUAUACACAACAACAAAAAAUAGCCAGUUAUAUUAUAGAGUAUUUUUCGAGAUUACACAUUUUGGCCUUAGGUUUUCCAUGCAGAUGUUAUUUGGCAAAAUACUGAGUUUUGUGAAUAACCCUUUCUAUGUCUAUGCAGUGUUAUGUUCUGGGCAAUGCUCUACAGCAGUGAUUCCCAACCCAGUCCUCAAGUACCCCUAACAGUCCAGGAUUUAGGGAUUACCUAGUUUUGUCUAUGAUGUUUUUAGAAAGAAAAUAAAAACACGUUAGACACAACAAGGUCAUCCCUAAAUCCUUGACUGAUAGAGGGUAAUUGAGGACUGGGUUGGGAACCCCUGCUCUACAGGAAAGCCUCUGGUCCUUGCAUGUAACUUUGUCGUGCCACCUACGUGAUUGUUGCAGACCAUGUACACCCCUUCAUGGCAAUGAUGUUCCCCGAUGGCAGUGGGCUCUUUCAGCAGGACAAUGGACAAUGCACCCUGCCACACUGCAAUAAUUGUUCGGAAAUGGUUUUAGGAAGAUGACAAAGAGUUCAAGGUGUUGCCAUUUCCUACAAAUUCACGAUUUGAGCAUCUGUGGUAUGUGCUGGAACAACAAAUCCAAUCCAUGGAGGCACCACCACACAACUUGCAGAACUUAAAGGAUCUGCUGCUAAUGUCUUGGUGCCAGAUAGCACAAAUCAGAUGUCCUUCCCACACGCAUCACAGCUGUUUUGGAAUCACGAGUGGAACCUGUAGAUGGUUUCGAUAUUGUGACUGAUCAGUGUAUUCUCUUUAUUUUGCAGCAGCAAAACAAAAAAUCCUGCCCUCGUACCUUUUUUAAAAAAUAGAUUAUGUUACCUCUAUCCAUUCUCUUCUCCAAGCUGUACAUAUUUAGCGCUUACAGUCUCUUGAUAUGUAUAUUAGCCCUUUUUAUAAUUCUCUUUAAUGUAUUUAUAUAUUUCUGCAGACAAUGUCUCCAGUUCUAAAGACUCCAGAACUGAACACAAUAAUCUUGGCGCAAUUAGAACACUGAAUCCAGAUCUUAAGAGUUUAUGUUUGUUUGUUGUUGUUUUUUUUAGAAAGACAUAAAAAAUGUCUUGGGGGUUUUUUUGGUUGUUUUUUUUUUUUAGCUGGCAUUGAUAUGUUACAUCAAGUAGAUUUUAUUUUUGAAGAGCCUUACUAGAUAUUGUAAUUACUUUUUUUAUGUCAGCUUCCCCGCGAUCUCUUUGGUUUAUUUCGCCUACCUCUUCCUCCCUCAAACCUUGAUCUGUUCUUUUUAUGAAACCACAUAUUCUGCAAGAAAUUACAAAGUCAAGAUGAGGUAUCAUGAUAGCCAUUCUUCUAGAUUCCAGUAAUACUAUGUGAUCCUAGAAAAUGUUAAUUAAAAUUGUCUGGUGUUCAUUUAAUAUGAUGCAUUAGAAUCUCUAAAAUCAAUGCUUGCCAUCAAAAAUGAACAAAUUAUGUAGCUCAGCUAGGUUACUGAAUGCACCAUACCUCUCAAGUUUCCCUAUUUAGGUGGAAUAGUCCCUAUUUUGGAACCAAAUUUUUCUGUACCCUAGAAGCUCCAUAUUGUUGGUGCAUUUCUAAGAGUUCAACAGCAAUAAUACUCUCAGUAUUGUGUAUUUAAACUUCAAUAAAUGUGUUUAGAAAUCAAUCUGUGUAAAUAAGACGCAUUUUUCUUUUUCUAAGUAGCAUUUUCAUUGCAUAAAUUAAAAGUAAGUCACCUAAUAUUUCUCAGAACCGCUUGCCCCUGGCCACACCCCCACUCACACCCUUAUAAUUAAGAAAGUGUCCUUUGUCCGUUUGAAAUGUUGGGAGGUAUGACACACGGAUGAAAAGAGUUUAACUAGCGGAAUAUUGUGAUGACUUACGUAUUGAAGCUGAACCGUCUUUUAGUAGCAGAGUUGAGGGUAGGUGAGAUGAGAUCCCAAGGUCAGUAAGAACACUUGGUCAUAAUUUUAUUUGUAGCAGAACCUAAGUUCCUAGGAGCGACUCAUUGUGGCUUUGCAACAGCAGUUAGCUCAUUGAGAACUUUGCGUAUCUCAGAUAUAUUUAAAGUUGUGAAAUUAUCAACGGAAAAAGCUUGUUACUGUGAAAGCAGCCAGAAUGUGAUAAUAACUAAACAAAAAUCCUUAUGUACCAUCUAAUGCAAUGAGACCUAUCAUACUCGCUCUGUUUUCUGUCUAAACCAAGACGCAGAGAAGAGUGGCUAGGUUCUGUCCAUCAUGGAUGGCAGUGAAAGGCCGAGAGGGCUGUGGUCUGGAUACCUCCUGCACCCAUUGCAGCCUUUGUCCCUCUUCUACAACUACUACAGCCCCUAUCACCCCUGAGACAACUACUAAUAUGAUUUAGUGGUGAAAAUUAUUAGUGUCCCCACCAUGCCAGUUUUGACUGUGGUAUCUUAUUUGCCCUCCCCCCCCCUGUGUAUUCUACCUAGAGUCACUACAGGUGGUUAGCCCUGCACUAUCAGCCUUAUUUACAAAUACAAAGGGAUAAAUGACAAGCCAGUGUCUGAUUGAUGGAAUUUUCUCAGUUUCAGUCAGUAUUUCAUGAGUGUUUUCAAUGUGACACACAUUUUAUUUGCUGGUUAAAGGGUCACUCCAACCACUAUAACCAGUUCUUCUUUAUGAAGUGGUCAUGGUGGUUGUAGUCUGGAUGUGCAGUGUUUCACCUUGAAACUCUGCACAUCCAGAGAUAUAUUUAAUUGUCUGCUGUGGGCAAAUUGCACCCCCAACACGUGACUUGCCCCUAGUACACAAUUAAAAAUAUCUCUGGAUGUGCAGUGUCAGCUGAAGCACUGCACAACCAGACUCCUACCACAAUGCCAUUUCUAAAAGCAGAAGUGGUCAUAGAGGUUGGAGUACCCCUUUAAGCAUGUUCAGAUCGGACAUUUUGAUUAUUUUUUGUUUCAUUAUCAAUUCCUUAUUAAUAAUUAAAUUGCUUUAAUUUAGUAAUGUGGAAUUGUUAGUAUUCUAGCAUCUCAAUGAAGUGCGGUGUUUGUUCUUCUCAUGCCUAGUGGUAGCGAUUAGUUGCUAAAAAACGUGUUUUCCGUUGUUUAACCAAGAACAUUUUGGUGCAGAAAAUGCUGCGUCUCUGAUUAAGUGGUCUCAAGCACAAAAUGCAUUAAACCAGGGUUGUCAUAAGCAUACGCAUUUGGCCUCUUCUAGGCUGAUGGGGCCCAUGGUGUAUCAGAGCAGUUGGGGCACGUGGGCACUUAGUUACACCAACCUUCCAACUGCUUUAAUUGCUUAUGCAUACCACCCAACAUAACUGACACCUGAAUAUGCCAAGGAGAUCGGGGGACUAUGCUGUAUCUUAUAUCGUUUAAUGAGAGAGGGAAUUGAGCAUUUUAUCUCCCUGUUCCCCCUCUCUCCGCUCCCUCACACAAUGCUGCAUGGCUGGGAUGUAAGCAAUGCCAUGUAGACUUCCAGCAUGUGGAGCACUGUUGAUACACGCAUACACUGCAUUGCUGUGGGUUGCAUUGAUUUGAAGCUCUGUGAUACGCAUACACUACACUACUGUAGGUUUUAUUUACAUUUCACAUUACUGUGAAGCUGUCAAACACACUUAAAACGUUGCACAUCGUUGUGGAUUUGAAUGCUGAUUAGCCCUAUGAUAUAGAUAUAUAGAUAUACUCCUCUGUUCUGUGAAAUGUGUGUCUCUGUGGCUGUGAGGUAGCAAUAAGGUUCAGUUAAAGGGACCUUGUCCUCUGUACUUUGACAAAUCUAAAUGUUGCUGUUUGUCAGGUACAGAAACGUUUACAUUUAUCAAUCAGACAAUCACUCGAGACACUUCCUAGUGAAGACUUUCAAUUCUCUUUGAGUUGACGUUAAAGUUGACGCUUUAGUGAGUAACCCUGUAAGUGUCUGAUGGGUUUGUUAAAGUGUCAAUAACUCUCCAACAGAACGAUUGUGAACAUUUAAUCUUGACUGCAUAAUGCAAAUCAGUACUAUCAAAACUGUUUAUCAAAAGUUUUUUAACGAUGCAAUUGUGAUCACUUUGGCAUAACUGUUAAAAAUCCUAUUCUUACCCUCUAUUAACUUCGGUUACAUUAUCGUGAGAUAACAUAAUUAAAAACUGAUCAAUGUGAGUUAGGGUAACCAAUAUUUUCUAGAGCAGGGCUAGGCAGCCUUCGGCACUCAAGUUUUGUGGACUACAUAUCCCAUAAUUCUCUCACAGCCACAAUGCUGGCAAACUAUCAUGGAGAUGUAGUCCACAACAUCUGACGUGCCGAAGGUUGCCUACCCCUGAUCUAGAGAUUGUAAGAUGGUACACCCCAUAUCCCAAGAUAACCAUAUCUGUCCCCUAAUGAUGGACCAGGUUAUGUAAGCACCAGCCUCAUUCGGAUAUGAUUGUCUCUUUGUGUUUUGUUGGCAUUAUCGAAAUCUAUAUUCCUUGUCAAUACCAAGAAACUGACUCUUAAAGGAUCUGUCUAAACACCAUAAGCAUGUUGCAUUACUUUAAAGAGUGUGGUGCUUAGAUCAGCCUGGGCUCAGUCUCAUGUCUCAGUGUGGGCUGUUGUGGUAGAGCUAUGUAAAAAACAUUACCGUAGUAAGGGUGCACCAGCAGCCUUUCUCCUUCCUUGAGUGGAGAUAAGCAGGCGGAGUGGAAGGAAACGUGUUAGUGUGAGAGUCUGUGUAUGCGUGUCAGCUUUUGUAUUUCUCUCAGUGUGUCUGUGUAUGCAUGUCACUGUGUCUAUAAUUAUAUGUUAAUGUGUUGAAGAUUGCAUGUUAGUUUGUAUCUAUGUAUGCAUGUUUGCUUGUGUCUAUCACUUUAUGUUAACAUGUGUCUUUGUGUGUGAACAUGUUGAUAAUUAAGUUGAGGCUCUUGACGAGUUAUGUAAGUGUCCGUGUGGUACUUGUAUAUGUAUGUGUGAAUGUUGGUGUUGUGGAUGAUGGAGCCCUGCAAAUUUUCCUGCAAAUGUCACAAAUUGUAAGAAUGACACUACCCACUAAUCAGUGCGCAAAGGGACACUUUACAUUUUAUUAAUUCAUUCAUUAAUAUAUAACACAUUUAAAUAUAUUGUCAUAUAUAACGUAUGUAAGUAGACAAACCCUUUAACAUUCUAACAUCUGUUUUGUGUCCAGACACAAAGAAACACAAGAAGACUUCUUUCUGAGUAGCAAAAAUGUCUAAUGUUAUAUGAAAUGUGUAAAAAAUAUAUAUAUAUAUAUCAGGAAAGAAGACGGAUAUGAAAUUUAGUUUGAGAGAAAAAAUAGGGAGAAAAAAAAGUUUGGGCAUAAAGCCCUAGAAUUAAUAUGUGGUCCUCCAUUCCAGGGACCUCGAGGUUGUGUCCAAAAAUAUUACUGGUCUCCUUGAGAAGUUACUAUAUGAAUGCAAGGAAAUCUUAUCCAUAGACGAGAAAUGCACUCUGGCAAACAUGGGAAUAGCUUAAUUACUGGCGUGGUAAUGGAGUGUCGUUAUGACCCUGGGUCUUUUCCCCCCAUAAAAUGUCUGUAAUGCAGCGGACAAUGGUCCCUAUCCAUCUUAAGGCAUACAUAUAGAGGCAAGUUCCUGUUUUGAAUUUCUGUUCUAGUUAAACCUUUAUGGACAAAUGAUAACUAUGCUGUCAUAACAAUAUGUGGUUUAUGGGUCCUGUUUCAAAAUGGGAUGAACCACUAAUUUAAUGUCUGUUUGGCUGUAUGGAGUUAAAGGAACACUAUAGUCACCUAAAUUACUUUAGCUAAAUAAAGCAGUUUUAGUGUAUAGAUCAUUCCCCUGCAAUUUCACUGCUCGAUUCACUGUUAUUUAGGAGUUAAAUCUCUUUGUUUCUGUUUAUGCAGCCCUAGCCACACCUCCCCUGGCUAUGAUUGACAGAGCCGGCAUGGAAAAAAAAACUGGCUUCACUUUCAAACAGAUGUAAUUUACCUUAAAUAAUUGUAUCUCAAUCUCUAAAUUGAACUUUAAUCACAUAAAGGAGGCUCUUGCAGGGUCUAGCAAGCUAUUAACAUAUCAGGGGAUAAGAAAAUCUAAUUAAACAGAACUUGCAAUAAAGAAAGCCUAAAUAGGGCUCUCUGUACAGGAAGUGUUUAUGGAAGGCUGUGCAAGUCACAUGCAGGGAGGUGUGACUAGGGUUCAUAAACAAAGGGAUUUAACUCCUAAAUGGCAGAGGAUUGAGCAGUGAGGCUGCAGGGGCAUGUUCUAUACACCAAAACUGCUUCAUUAAGCUAAAGUUGUUCAGGUGACUAUAGUGUCCCUUUAAUCAGGACUCUAGUGGAGUAGGAACUUUUAACGUGACACUAUAGUCACCAGAACAACUACAGCUUAUUAAAUUUGUUCUGGUGAGUAGAAUCAUUAUCUUAAGGCUUUUUGCUGUAAACACUGUCUUUUCAGAGAAAAUGCAGUGUUUACAUUACAGCCUGGCUGUUAGAGAUCCUUGAUAACUCCUCAGAUGGCUGUUAGAGAUCCUUCCUGGGUCAUGGCUGCCUAAAAUCCAUCCAAACAUUCAGUGUCUCCUCCCUCUGCAUGCAGACACUGAACUUUCCACAUAGAGAUUCAUUGAGUCAGUUCAUCUCUAUGAGAAGAUGCUGAUUGGCCAGGGCUGUGUUUGAAUCAUGCUGGCUCUGCCCCUGAUCUGCCUCUUUGUCAGUCUCAGCCAAUCCUAUGGGGACGCACUGUGAUUGGAUCAGGCUACUACUUCUGAUGAUGUCAGCAGACUGCUUUUUUUUCUGAUUCUAACAGCAUGCAGAGUUACAGCUUCUGGCUUGAAUACAGUAAAUUUUUUCUAUAUUUAUGGAGGCAUGAGGGGCCCAGGGGAUCUAGAUGGUGGUGUUAACACUAUAGGGUCAGGAAUACAUGUUUGUGUUUCUGACCCUAUAGUGAUCAUUUAAAGAGGUAACAGUUCUCACAUUUCUUGUUGUGAAGGGGUAGAGCUACAUGUAGCACAUUAGGCAUUUACAGAACAUUAGGCAUUUUGAAAUUGCAAAUGUUCUAUCUUCACUUUUUCCUCUGCGACUCUUAAAUCCCGAGUGUUCUCUAUAUAAUGUUGUGCUUCUCCAUUCAAAAGAAGCAGACAUCAUUUUGACAGAUCGACACGUGCCAAACAGCCCACGACUUCAAUGAAUUAGUAGGGCUUAAACGUCAUCUUUCUUUGUAGGUUAAAUGUGUAUAGUUUUUUUCUGUGGAACAUUGCUACCUAGUGACAGCGAUAAGAUUUAAUUGACAAGAAUUCAUACUUUUAUAUGAUGGUUUAAGUAAGAAUUCAUACUUUUAUAUGAUGGUUUAAGUACACUACAUAUAAUGACAAAAGCAUCUCAAAACUUCACCUUCACCUUUAGAGUAGACAAUUCCAAAAGUGUACGUGAACCACAUACUUUAAAGUAAAUUAAAGUCAAUUCUGCUCUUCAUAAGAGAGUUCAGAAACCACUACAGCUUAAACAUGACUAUACCUGACAUUUCUGGAAAAGUUAAUAAAAAGGAAAGACAAGAUCACACUGGUCCCAAUUAGAUCAUAGACUGAAUAGCAAGGUCUGAUGGGUUACUUGAAGAGAAACGCUUAACUAGCUCUGUGUAGACCAGGGCUGUCCAACCUCCGGUCCCCCCAGAUGUUGCUGAACUACAACUCCCAUGAUUCCCUGGCUAUCUUUUUUAAUUGAAAGUAUCAUGGGAGUUGUAGUUCCGCAACAUCUGGGGGGCUGCAGGUUGGACAGUCCUAGUGUAGGCUGUAAGCGUCUUUUACAUUACUAACCUUCAGCUCAAAAAUAUUACACCUUGGCCCGUAUACAAGCAUUCUUAAUUCAAAUCAUUGGAUUAUUGAAAGUAUAAGGGGCUAGAGGGCUUCCGGAAUCGAAAUGGACCUUUGGUCCGUUAUCUGACGCUGGAUGUCCUCACGCUCUGCAUGAGGAUCUCCAGCGUCAGAUUUUCCCCAUAGGAAAGCAUUGAAUAAUGCGUUCCUAUGGGGAAAUCCUAAUACGAGCGCGGCCAUUGCAUCUCCCACGCUGACUGACAGCGGCGGGGGAGGAACGUGGGCGGUGCCUAACACAGCACAGAAGGACAUCCUCUCUGGAUUCAGAUAAGUCAUUGAAGAGGUUUUAACCCCUUCAGCGCCGUGGGAGGGUGAGCGCAAGGGAGGGGGCUCUGCAGGAACCUAUAGUUCCAGGAAAAUUGGUUUGUUUUCCUGGCACUAUAGAAUCCCUUUUAAGUAAGAGACCAGUCUCCUGGCAAAAUGCAAAUGCCAUCCCAGUGUCCGUCUGAACUAAACAUUCUGCUAACACAAUUUGGCCAAUGGGCUCCCAGGCCAGCUCUUCCACUAUAAGGAUCCUGCCCUCCAAUGGAUGUAUUUAUUUUACAAUUGCAGUGUCCUCUUUAAAGAUCUGUCUGAUAUUUGUCAAAACAACUGUUACAGAGUUGUUACUAGAGUCCUAUUAUGAGUGUCUUUGCCCUCAUAAUAGGACAUCUAAUGCAGUUGCAGACCACCCUCUUUUAGGGAUAUUGUUGAUGGCAUUGAGGGUAACUAAGCAUGUAGGAAUAGAAUACUUAAUGGGACACUUUAUACCACUUUAGUUUGCUGAAAUACCUUGUGUGAAGAGUGUGUCCUCUUUUUGUUUUCAUUUUUGCAAAAAGUUCAGAUAACAAUAGAAUUUGACACUUUGAUAAAUUCACCUGGUUACACCCCGUUGGAAUUCAAGCAGACGUGUUACUUCCUGGUUUGAUUAGCUUAUUUGCACUGAACUGAAGAGGCAGCAAUUGCACAGAGCACCUGCCUUGUAAAGACUUCUCAUUGAGCUGCAUUAAAAAGUCUGAUUGGACAGCCACAUUAAGUAUGUGCAGGUUUAGAAGGGGGGGUUGCAAAUGCUGCAGACAAGAGAUCUGCAGGAUUUGCAAUCUGUUUUUAGAUUUACCCCCAAUUAAAAAAAUGUGUAAUUAAUUGCAUGCAAGUCUUCAUUUUGGGUAUAUCCAGUAAACAGUGAUUUUUAUUUAUUUUGUAUCUGGACAGUGGAGUGUCCCUUUAUUGCGUACUGAAAGUAGGGGUGUUUGUGAGGAAAAUUAGUUGUUUUAGUUGUGGAAAUAUAGGAGUUGGCUGGGGAAGAGGGUUGCCACCUUUGUUGGAAAAAAAAUACCAAGCAUGCUAAUUUGAAUAAUUAAUUAUAUAAGUGACAUCACAGGACAAGACAUCACCAAGUUAUGUAACAUCACAGGGAGUGACAACAGAGAAAGAGAAAUAUAUUUAGGAUGGGAAUAUUUCCUAUAAAAAAAAACCUAAAAAAAAACCUACUUACAAUGUUUGUACAAUGUAAGUGCAGCUUUGUGUAUGUGUACAGUGUAUUUACUGUUUCUGAGUGUGUGUAUAGCAGAGUAUGUCUGUGUGUAUACGUGUGAUAGUGUGUAUAGCAGUGUUUGUUAUUGUAUAAAUACUGUCUGACUGUGUAUUGCAGUGUGUGUAUACUGUAUCUAACUGUGUUUAUGUAUAGCAGUGUGUCGUUGUGUGUACACUUUGUCUAUUGUGUGCAUAGCAGUGUCUGCAUAUUGUGUCAAGUGUGUCUGUCAGUGUGUAUAUACUGUGAGGGUGUGUGUGGGAUUGUGUAUAUGCUGUGUCUGAAUGUGGGUUGUCAUUUUGUGUGUAUAUAGCAAUGUGUGUACAUGCUUUGUAUAAUAGAGGUUUAAUCAGAAGAAAAUACCUGCGAUAACAUUGCUGUAUUUUUACAAUACCACCAACGGACAGACAGCCUCAAAUACUGGUUGUGCCAAGUGGCAACCCUACUGGAGAGAUAGGCUUGCUGCGUGUUGACAGUGGGGAAGAUGAAGCUGUGUGUGUUGAUGUGUCAUAUAAAGAAGAUGGUGCCUAUUGUUAUGUUUUAGAAGUGAGUGUAGAGGAGAUGACUACUUACUGUAGGUGGGAACGAGGAGGUGGCUGUGUGUUGAGGAUGGUAUUGCUGUGUUUUGGAAUUACAGGCAGCAUGUAAGUUAACGACGGAAUCACAGGAGGUUCCUGUGAGGUUAUUACUGCUUUGUUUUGAAUUUGGAAAAAGAGGAGGUAGCUGAUGGAGGCAGGCGUGACUGGGUCUUACAGGAAAUUGGGCACAUGUCUUCAUUCAUCACUGUCAGCAUCUCCUGGGUUAACUCUAGAUAUAGAGAGGCUGGCUACCACCUGUCUGCAGCUCUCCAUGGAUCAGGGCUGUCACACACUGUGAGCUCACAGUGUGGGUGUGGACUAGCAGCGGGCAGGGUCAGUGAGACCAUUACACUGGGAGGAAAUGUAUGAAUGUACAUCGGUGUGUGUGUAACUGUGUAUCUAUAUUUUUAAUUUAUUUGUCACUGUGUACGUUACACCCCUUGACUAUAUUGGCAAGUUUGUGUGUCAUUGUCAGAGGCUACAUAACUGCGAAAGUGCAGAUUGUAGCUAAGUGGUUGGGGUAAUGCAUUUUAAACUGAAAUGAUAUACGGUACAUCAGGAGCCAAAUGGUUGCGCUUAGUUAGGGAGCACUCACAGUCAGAGAGAGGAGGUGAAGCCAGGACAUUUGAAGUAGUCCCACUGUAUGUGCAUUUAAUUGAACAUGUACCUGUUUGGUCUUGAAAAUGAGGUAAGUGCUGUCUGUUCAGGAAUAAAGACUGUUUGUUUUGCAUAUUUAUGUUUAUUGUACUUACUACUCCUUUUUUAAUUAUUGUAUCUGUCCUCGUAUAACCCCGUUGUUGAUUUUCAGUCUGUAACAACUAUCUUUCCCUGCCCCCUACGCACUCUUAUAUCUCUCACCAGUUAUCCCAAUCUCACUUUCUGGCUCUAUAUCUCUCUUUCUUGCUAACCAUUUACUUUUGAACAUUCUCUGCCACCCCUUUAAAGUUCUUCCGUGUAGUCUUUUCGGUUUUCGUUUGUUCUUUUAUGCCCCCAGGAUUGUUUUCCAUUUUAUUUCUGAUCCCAUUCACACUCUCACUCUCUGUUCAGAUUAUUUCGCCAUUCUUUCUGUAUUUUUUAUGCCGUUACUAUCUGUGCUUCAUUCUUCCACCAAGUAUUUUCACCAUCCUUAUCGCACAUUUUCUCAGUUUUCUUCUUCCCUUCUUUGUUUUCAUUUAUCUCAUAUCCAUUUUCUUCUUUCAGUUUACCUGCCAGUUCUUAUUAAAAGUUCUGGAAAUGAUUAUGCCAUGCCUUAUAGAAUUACCUUCACAUCAUUUUUGUUUUCUUUCUCUUGUCAUUGCUCGAGAUUAUACAUUUUUCUCCAUUCAUUAUGCCUUCAUUGCUCUUUUCUCUCUCUACCAGCUACUUCUCUUCUCCCCCUCUCUAGAGGUUUUACUAAUACAUUCCUAACUUCCCAGAACAGCUGCUUGCAUGAUGGAUAUAUUAACCCUUUUCUGGAUUUGUCAUCUGGACAGUAAUAUGCAUUGGUUCCUGUGUCAUCUCCCUCCAGGGGUCGGCGGAGUCCUAUACUAGUCGUCCGUCUGAUUCUGAUGUUUCCCUGGAAGAGGAUAGGGAGGCUCUGAGGAAGGAAGCAGAACGUCAUGCUCUUGCACAGCUUGAAAAAGCAAAGGUAGGAAUGCUUUGUGGGGCACUGUUGGAGGAGGAAUUGUUGAAAUGCGUUGGUAGUAGAAAAAUUUACGAAAGUGAAAACAGGAAUUUAAAGUUUUAAUUUUAAAUUUAGAAGAAGACCCAAACUGGAAUAAGUGAGAAUAUUUCUAGUUCAGAUGUUUUGACCUUAAAUUUGAAAUUCACAUUGAAUUCCCAAGAAUUCUCACUUUAUAAAUAAUCCUGUGUGAUUUUCAGUACAUUGCAUUGGUGGUUGAAUGCAGGUUUUGCAUUCUAUUCUAUGUUGGUUUAGAAUACAGCGCUACAGAACUUGUUGGCGCUUUAUAAAUAAUAAUAAUAAUAAUUAAACUGUUAAAUUAAGAUUAUUCCCUUGGGUGGGAUUGUUCAAAGGGUCAAAUGUAAGAACAAUUAAGAGGAAUAGAUCUAAUUGUAGAGCAUUUAAGAGAAUUGUUUCAUUGGUUGCCACGGUGAUUGUUUUACACUUAGCCCUCAGCCCGUAUUAACUGAUUAUUUCAUAUUACCCAAUGUCUCCCUUGUAUUUCUUUUGGUAUAAUAUCGGGAAAUACAUAUGUGCAUGGAUACUGAAUACUUACUGCUGUGAAUCUAUGUGAGUGUCUUAUAUCUCUAAGAUGGCAUAACUGAACAUUUUCUGCCAUCGAAACAGACGAAGCCUGUGGCCUUUGCAGUCCGAACGAAUGUGGGUUACAACCCGUCCCCAGCAGAUGAUGCUCCAGUGCAGGGGAUGUCUAUUAACUUUGAUCCCAAAGACUUCCUUCACAUCAAGGAGGUAAACAUUUAAGCAUGCUAUGUGAUAGUGAGGGAACACAGGAUAUCCCCACCUCACUAAGGAGGUAAGAUGAAAGCCUGAUUAUACUACUCCUUGAGGAGGGUUUCAUUCUGGGGAAAGUUUUUUAUUUUUUUAAAUUUUACUGUGUAUAUGUCUGAUUUCAGAAGACGGUUCUUUUAAGCCAAGCCCUUAUUGCUAUGUGAUACCCUCUGUUCUUAUUAAAAACACCAUACCAUUUUGCCUUAUUCAACCUUACAAUUCCAUAAUUGACUUUCGCUAUCUGUCAUGGUUUCCUAGAAAUAUAACAAUGAUUGGUGGAUUGGCAGAGCUGUGCGAGAGGGUUGUGAAGUUGGGUUUAUUCCCAGUCCUGUCAAGUUAGAACAUAUGAGAAUGCUCCAGGAGCAGAAGAUGAGACAGAGCCGACUCACUUCCAGGUGACUGCAUCAUUCCAGCUUACUCUGUCUACUCUUCUUCUCUUUCCUUCUUUUUAUCCGCCUUUCUUUCCGCAUCCACACAUUUCUAUGUUUUUUUUGGGGGGGAGGGUUGGUAUAUCGCUCCCUGUUUACCUAUCUCUAUCCUUUCUUUCUUGACUAAUUUAUUUUUUCUCUUUUGCAGUAAAUCUAUUGGGAAUUCAAACAGUUUAGGCGAUGUGGUCAGUGGGACUCGUAGGCCUACUCCACCAGCCACAGGUAAGAUCAUUUCUGUAUAACCUCUUCAUACCACGUUUACGCCACCUGGCAACCACAAAGUGACACACCAUUGCAGACUUCCACUACGCAUAAUAAUUUAUAUUUAGAUAACACAGACGAAGAGUGAAAGGGCAUCAAUAGAUUCAUAGUAUGUGUAUAGGCGGUUAAGAGUAAAGUCAACAACAGUAGGACAAUACGCUUAUCUAGAGAAGGGAUGAAGGAGACAUGGAUAAUUCUAGCCUAGAACGGACUAGUGACCCAUAUCUAUGCUGUUAAUCUGCACAUAAUUUCCUCUUGUCCACCACACAGCCUGAUCUCCUUCCUAUCACAUUUUGCCAAUUCAUCUUUUCUUUUCUUUUUUCCUCCUUCUUUUUUUCUUGGUGUUUUUUUUUUCCACCCUGUAUAUUCUUCCUUCUUACCCUUUUCCCAAUACAUCUAUUUACCUGCCUAUAUGUACCUCGAACUGUUUUUUUCUAAACACUUUCCAUGUUUUCCUCUUUACCGCUGUUUUACUUCUAUGUUAAACCCGCCAAUUUCUUUUACCCAUCACUUUAUUAUACAUUUCAUUGUCUUUUUUAUCUCUCAUCACAUUUUACCUUUUUUUUCUUUGCUUAUCUACUUGCAUAUUUAACCACCUCAAUCUCCAUUAACCCCCUUUACUCCUUUUACUUUUGUAUCUUCUGUUUUCUAUUCGUCAUUCUCUAAAUUCCAUUUUUCCAAACUUCUUCUCUCUCUUUUUCUCCUUGCCAAAAUGUCAUCACUUGUCCCUUCCUGUUUUUCUAUGUAAUGUGCAUCCAACCUUCCCGUCUUCUUCCUACACCUUCCCUCCCACAUCUCCAGGUCGUCCGGAUUCCCCUUUAGUUUAUGAUAUAGAUCACGUUGAUUUAGAAUUUGAGGAAAAUGAAGCUCAGGGUGUUCAGCGAACACCUCUCAGCAGCACUGGGAGCGUAACUACUCCCCCAUCUACUACCAAACGUGGCCCUUUCUUUAAGAAGGUAAUCUCUCUCCCCUGGUGUAUAACUAACACUGCUCACCCCGCAAUGUGUGCUGCUUGCUCUAUACUGAUAUAAACUGGCUCCAAAAUAAUUGUUUUUCGGAAAGUGAAACCAGGUUGAACAAUAUGCAUGUUUUGAUUAUACAUUUGUUUUUUGCAUUGAAAAUACAAUGGGGUGUUUUAAAAAUGCUGUGUUUGUAUUAGUGACUGUAUCAUGUGUGUAUUUAUACCUUAGUAUAGAUCCGUACAUUUAUACAGUUGUACAUAGAUGGAUAAUUAAGUGUGUGCUAUGUGCAAUAAAACAGGAAUGACAUCUUAAAAAUAGUCUUGGCGUAAUUCUCUUGAUAUAUUAGUAUUUCCUUGAGUACUACUCUGUGGGCUAAAAUUUCAGUGGGAGUUUAAAUCAUCAAGCGGUUUAUCAGAUGUAUCAUAUAAUACUGAUCAAUUGUGACUAAGUGGAGAAAACAUUUUUUAUUUCUUAAUUCACCUCCAAGUUUUAAAAAAAAAGUGCAAACCAAGUUAGUAAUGCACAUAAACUCAGAAAAAAUAAACAGAUACUGGGAGUCUUAUAUUAUUAAUAUUGCCAUUUAUAUAGCGCCAACAGAUUCCAUAGCACUUUACAAUAUUAUAAGAGAACAAUUACAAGAAAACUUCCAGGAACAAUAGGUUGAAGGGGACCCUGCUCAAACGAGCUCACAGUCUAUAGCAGGUGAGGUAUAAAACACAAUAGGACAGGAAAUAGCAAUCAAAUAAGGUGGGAGUGAAGCAGAGCUGGAGGAGAGAGCAGAGUGCUCCCUUUUAGCAGAAAGCAAGGGACAGGUAUGUGAGAAAGAGGUUACUUUGGGAGGACAUAAGCUUUCCUAAAGAGAUGGAUUCAAAGGCACUUCUUAAACGAUUGAAGACUAGGGGAGAGUCUAAUGGCUGUAGGUAGGCCAUUCCAUAGGAAGGGCGCCACCCGCGAGAAGUCCUGCAAGCGUGAGUUGGCCAUCCGGGUGCGAGUAGCAGACAGGAGAAGGUCAUGGGCAGAGUGGAGAGACCGAGAAGGGGCAUACCUAUGGAUCUGUGAAGAGACAUAAGAGGGGCUAGAAUUUUUCAAUGCUUUAUAGGUAUGGGUUAGUACUUUGGAUUGACUCCUAUAGGAUACAGGAAGCCAAUGUAAGGACUGACAGAGGGGUGAGGUGUGAGAGGACCGACGAGAGGAAAAUCAGUCUGGCGGCAGCAUUCAUUACAGACUGUAGCGGGGCAAUACGGCUUUUGGGAAGACCAAUUAGAAGAGGGUUACAAUAAUCCAUGUGGGAAUUACUAGAGCACGGACAAGCUCCUUAGUAGCAUCUUGCGUAAGAAAGAGGUGGAUGUGGGCUAUGUUUUUAAGAUGGAAUCUACAGGAUUUGGUAACCUACUGGAUGUGAGGCCAGAAUCAAGUAAUAUAGUAAUACAGGAUGAGAAAAAGACUCAAGUGUUUUAAUUUCACUCAUUAACAUAGAUGGACCUUUUUUGGUUCUGUAUUUUUUACAGUUGUCUCUGGAGGUGAGAAUUUAUGCUACUUUGGAAGAUUAAAGGAACACUAUAGGGUCAGGAACACAAACAUGUAUUCCUGACCCUAUAGUGUUAAAAACAGAAUCUGCCCUCCCUAUAUAUAGUAAAAUAUUACUUGUAUUUAAGUCUGCUGCUGUUGGCUCUGCCCCUGAUCUUCCUGCUUGGCUGACAUCAGAAGUGAUUCUCUGAGCCAUUCACAAUUCUUUCACAUAAGAUUUGCUGAGACUGUCAAGGAGGCAGAUCCAGGGCAGAGCCAGCACAAGUCAAACACAUCCCUGGCCAAUCAGCAUAUCCUAAUAGAGAUGCAUUCAUUUAGUGCAUCUCUAUGAGGAAAAAUCAGUGUCUCCCUGCAGAGGGUGGAGUGCAAUACUGCCCCAGGAAGCACCUCUAGUAGCCAUCUGAGGAGUGGCCAGUGGAGGUAUCCCUAGGUUGUAAUAUAAACACUGCAUUAUCUCUGAAAAGACAGUGUUUACUGCAAAAAGCCUGAAGAGGAUGAUUAUACUCACCAGAACAAAUACAAUAAGCUGUAGUUGUUCUGGUGACUAUAGUGUCCCUUUAAGAAACUUUGUAAUGUUAGGAAUACAAAUAUGUAUUCCUAACACUAGAGUGCCCUAGUCACCAAUUAGGGACAAGGCCAGUGCUGCCAGAGUUCAAAAGAUUAUCUACUUACCCAGACAGGAACCAAUAUAAAAAAAUAAAUGUGUCUAGUUAUAUUACUGUACGAACAGAAGCACUUUAGGUGGCAGUAAAAUAUAUAUAUAUGUGUAAGUAUGUUUAUGUGGUAGAAUUAAAGGGACACUCUAGGCACCAGAACCACUGCAGCUUAAAGGGUUACUCCAAGUAUUAUGACCACUUCAGUGAUUUGAAAUGAUCAUGGUUUUUGAAGUCUCUAUGUGCAGCAUUUCACUAUGAAACACAGCACAUACCCUCUGCUGCCAAAGGUGUAACUCCAUCUCUGGCUGUGUCAUAAAGGUGUCAUUAGUCAGCCCGGACUAGAGUUUUGUUGCACAGAAUAACAGUCUAAGAACACUCAGCUGACACUCUCCGCUUGUAAAUGGCAACUGCCCCAGCUUCUGUCUUCUGAAGGUGUGCAGAAGCCCGAAGUUCGUCACUGGACCCCUAGGGAGUAUUGGAACCCGGUGGGGACCCAGGUAAGGGGGCAAACUGUUACUAAAUAGUUUUCCCCAUUACAGAGGAUCUGGACCUGGGUAUUCCUGGCAUCAUAACCACUACAGCAAGCAGCAAGGUGUAGUGGAUAUGAUACUUGGAGUAAUCCCUUAAGGGACCACUAUAGUGCCAGGAAAACAUACUCGUUUUCCUGGCACUAUAGUGCCCUGAGGGUGCCCCCACCCUCAGGGUCGCACUCCUGCCGGGCUGAAGGGGGAGGAAGGUGGUUAAACACCUACCUUUCUCCAGCGCCGGGCUCCCUCGGUGCUGGAGACUCUCCUCCUCCUUUCCCAGUCAUCGGCUGAAUGCGCAUGCGCGCGCAUUCAGCUAGUCUCAUAGGAAAGCAUUCUCAAUGCUUUCCUAUGGACGCUGGCGUCUUCUCACUGUGAAAAUCACAGUGAGAAGCGCGGAAGCGCCUCUAGCGGCUGUCAAUGAGACAGCCACUAGAGGCUGGAUUAACCCUAAAGUAAACAUAGCAGUUUCUCUGAAACUGCUAUGUUUACAGCAGAAAGGGUUAAUCCUAGGUGGACCUGGCACCCAGACCACUUCAUUAAGCUGAAGUGGUCUGGGUGCCUAUAGUGGUCCUUUAAUAUAGUGGUUCUAUGGGAAAGAGACUGUUUCUUUUUGCUUAGGAACGUAAAUGCUGCCUUUUUGAGAACAUCCUCUAGGGGGGGCUUCCUGGAUGUCCAAAGAUAUUAGCUUCCAUAGGCUCUGUAUGGAAGCGCUGAACGCUCCCAAUCGAGAUACAUUGAGUCAAUUGUGGCAAUGGCCAAAGCCUUCUAAUGCUUUCUUAAGGGGCGAGACCUGCGCACCAGCAAAUAAGGUAGUUUUAAAAGCUUAUUUAAAAAUCUGGUGCGUGGAAGGUAGGGGUGUGGAUAUCUAAAUUGUCCCUAUAUCAUUCUAACUUUGGGAAUACAUGUUAGUAUUCCUAACUUUAGAGUGUUCCUUUAUGUGUUAAAGGAGUAAUCUAUGCACCAUAACAACUUUAUGCAAAUGAAAUUGUUAUGGUGCUAGAAGGACCCCGGAUUCACUGUUACCUUAAGGGGUUAAACCGUCCUCGAACAGUUUAACCCCAAAGUUGCUUCCAGCGCCAAUCUCAACUCCCCCAGGCUGUAUCCGGCUUCUGAUAUUUUAGUUUCAGGAAGCGCAGUGUGCCGCCUUGCAGGUGCGCCGCUAGUCAGCUAAGACCAGUCGGCAGACGCUUCCAGCCAAUCAGUGACAAAACUAGCCUGCUAUGGUGCCUAAUCUGUCCCUCUAAGGCAGGCUUCCCCAAACUCCCCUGCCCUACAGAUGUUGCUGAACUACACCUCCCAUGAUUCUAUGAAUUAAAUAGAUAGGCUGAGAAUCAUGGGAGUUGUAGUUCAGCAACAUCUGGAGGGCCGGAGUUUGGGAAGCCUCCUCUAAGGUGUGUGUGGGUCUUGUUUCUCCCUGUGUUUUGGACUGAUGUGUAUGCUUAGAAUUGUACUAUGUUUAUGCUAGGAGAGAUGACCCGUAAUAAUCUCUAGCAAAUGUAUUACAAAAUAAUUGUCCCUGAUUCUCCGAUAACCCUAACCUCUAUCACAGAGAUGUCACAAGAGAAAACAUAUACUUCCACUUCCUUAUCCAAGUGCUUGCACGUCAUAUGACCACUGAGGCACGUUAGACAAGUCUGCAUCUCCUUCCCAGCUUUGGCAUCUAGAGCCUUAUUGACUAAACAGUGAAUGGAGCUGCCAGUUAGCUGAUAGUAUGUGGAGUGAUUAAUGGAACUACGUAUCCUGUACACUCAGCUCUCAUUAAAGGGACACUAUAGGCACGCAGACCACUUCAGCUCAUUGAAGUGGUCUGAGUGCAGUGUCCCUAUUGCACUUUGUGAGAAACUGCAAUGUUUACAACUAAAUCUGCCUCUCCCAGACAGCCAUUGGAGGUGCUUCCUGCAUCCAAACGGACCUUUGGUCCGGUAACUAACGUUGGACGUCCUCACUCUCUGCAUGAGGACAUCCAGCGUCAGAUUUUUUCCCUAUAGGAAAGCAUUGCUUUUUAAUUCCAGUGUGUGCAGGACAUUUGCUUUCAAUGAGCAUUAGCACCCACUUGUCGCGGGACGUCGGAGGAGGAGCCGCUACCCAGCGCCAAGGGAUAUCAGCACUGGGAGGAAGGUAAGUAGAUAAAUGAUUUUUAACUAUUUGUUCACCUGGGCAUGGGGGAGGCAGAGGGAGCUAUAGUGCUAGGAAUACGGCUUUGUAUUUCUUUAAAAAUGAAAUGUUACAAAAUACAGAUUAAGGAACUUAAAAUCUCCCGUCUCAAAACAAAAUCUUGGCCCUGUUAAAUCACAGACAUAUUAGUUUACUAUAAGGAUACACUAUAUUGAUGUGUUUUACUACAUGUGUUUUUGUCUUUUGUAAUUACCAAAGCACUACCUGAUAGCCAAUAUACAAUCAUGGUUUCAUAGUCAUGACUUACAAUAACAAAUUACUCAUUUUCUGUGUAUAGUUUACAGCACUGAAUUUUUUAGUUUGUACGUAAAUAGGAGCAUGUUUUUGAGUGACUAUGUGUCUUUGACAACAAAAAUAACAAGCAUGGCUUGUUUUUCUUUUUUUAUUCUGUUUUCACUGUCAUUUCUUUUUCUUAUUCCAUCCACAUAUACAUAUCUUUUACUGGUUUCCCAACGCGUUUUUCCUUUAACCCAUCACCACUCUUUCACCACUCCUAUUCUGUGCUUCUCUUUAUCUGUCCUUCACUUUUCUCGUUUUUCGCCCUCCCUUACUGCAUAUUUACUAUCAUGUCCAAUGCCUUUUCCAUCACAAACUUUCUCCAUCCCCAAAAUAUCACACACUCUCCUUCUCCAUUUCUUUCACUGCUAUAGCCAAACAGAGGCAGAAGUCAGUAAGUAAAUAUCCAUGAAUGUACCGUGAUGUGUUUGGUAUUCUUUGUGCCCUCUAUAUAAUGCAUGUUGUGGUGUUAUGUGUGUACACGCUGAUGUUGUGUUAGUAGCAUUAAAUAUAUAUUACAUUUUACAAUAUUAUUUGAACAUGUUAGACUACGGAUUCGGUGCUAAUGGGGGAUACCCAGAUUGUUUAUGACGCAAAAGUAAUGAAUAAUACAUUAACACAUCUUUUGUCUUGCAGACAGAGCACAUCCCCCCAUACGAUGUGGUUCCUUCCAUGAGGCCAAUCAUUUUAGUUGGACCUUCAUUAAAGGGAUAUGAGGUGAAAUCUCAGGGGAUUAAUAUACCAGCCUUCUAUAGAGUAUUGCUAUUUUUUUUUUGUCUGUAACUGUUUUAGUUCCAAUUUGUAUGUCUCUUCAGCAUCACUUACCAUUAAGCUCUAUUGGUUUUUCAUUUUCUGCACUUUUUUGAUUGGUGAUUUUCCUUUAGUCUUCAUGUUCUUCUACUUCUGUUUUUCUAGAGUUCCUUUCUAGAAUAUUUUUAUCUCAUCUGUUAUCAGUUCUGUUUCCUCUUCCUUUUACAAAAGUACUGUGGAAUAAGUUGGCGCUGUAUAUAAAUACCAAUAAUAGUAAUAAUACUGUAUCUUACAUUUAUUUUUAUAUAAUGCCUUCCACGUUGUGUUACAUCAAUUCUCUCCAUUUCCUACAGCAUUCUAAUUGCUCUUUCUACCAUGUCAGAACUCUACUCUACCCCCAUUGAGAACCAUAUCCUAAUGCAUUUGUUUCCUAAUACCCACAUUUUUACAUUUGUGCCCGUCCUUUGCUUGCAGGUCACAGAUAUGAUGCAAAAAGCUUUGUUUGACUUUCUAAAGCACCGGUUUGAUGGAAGGUAUGAAAUUCUACUAAUUGCAUAUGAUCAUUUUAUAGGCAUCCUGUGGGUCAGUUAACAAUAAUCACUAUGUGUAGCUGGAUAUCAAAGCAUCGACAAAAUAAGUAAUCGAUAUAGGGGCCUGUCCUUUAACUAUUGUGUUGUAGUGAUUUAAAAACAUAGUGGAAACAUUUAAGUCAAAAUAAUAAAGUUAGUUUAAAAAAUCAGUUUGCGAAGUUGGAAAAUUCCUCAAGUGUCUUUGUUGCCCUUUAUUUUGUUAGUCAGCUGUUAACUAACCUCUUACUGUUUAAUGCAUCAGGUAGCAAAGUACACACCAUUUAAAGUGGCACUGUCACCGUCUGGGGACUUUGCCGAAUUUGCAAAGUCCUCCAAAGGUGACAUCACCACUGGAGGUCCGGUGGCCUGGGUAGGGGGGAAGGUAAAGGUGAGAUUUACUUACCUGAAGUUUCCAGUGGAUCCUCUUCAAAGCCAACGUCACUGCUGUACAGCAUUGAGGUCUAUGGAGGAUCCCACCAUCACUGCUGACGGUUGUCGGGAUUGACACUUACAAACGGCCCUAAGUCUCAGAAAGUCAGGCGAAGGAGAAAUACAGAGAUAAAGUAGUCCCUACUUUGUCUCUUUAUGUCUCUUUACACAGUGAAGAUGAACAUUUCAUAAAUAUUAUAUCUUUAUGAAAUACUAAUUUCUCUGGGGGGGGGGGGUGACAAUGCUGCUUUAAAGCUACUACCACAACCAUAAUAGUUGUUUAUUGGCAUAUAGAGUGGUUUCAUUUUUAAUCCAGUAGAUGUAAAGAAAGUUAAAAUGGUGUGGUUUAACGGUUUUAAAAUGGUUCACCUGUUUCCUGUGUACCAAAAAAAAAAUCUAAACCGCGUAACAGCCAUGGUUUGCUUAUGAUAGAGCUCAGUUGAGGUUGUUUUUUCAGCUGUUCGCUGUCAGACUUGUACAGUCUUCAAGUGUUACUUACAGUGAACCCAGCAUCUAAAUGAAAUGCCUUGGGGACAUGUAGUAUUGUGUAAAAAAAAUCAGGCCUGGGUAUUAAUGAAUGCAAGUUCAAUGUCAGGCAUAUAGCUGAUGCCAGUUUUAAACCAUUAAUAGGGACAAAUGUCCUGAUGUAACAUUAUUUGAAGUGCAGCAGGAGAGAGGGUCAGUAAGGAAGAGUUAUAACCUGUAUUUGUAGGAGAGGCUGUAAAAUUUGCUCAAACCUUGUUGAAUUUUCUUCAUGUUAGAAUUCUGCAGGUGAAAAGAGGGGGGUUAUAUGCCCUACUUAAACUCACUGAGUCAGCUUCUUUUCGUACUAAAUAGCUGAUUGUGUAGGAGGGUUAAUAGACCUACUAUAACAAGCAGGGCACAGCUGUGCAUGUUUGUGGUAAAUUCCAGCCUGUGUAAGAAGGGCUGGAGGUUCUGUUUAAUCCCACAAAUGUGCAGUUUAAUUCAAGUCACAUAGUUUGAGAAGUCACUCCAUCCAAGUCAUAUUUUAUUAUUAUUAAUAUUAUUGUUAUUAAUAUAGCGCCAACUAAUUCUUCAGCCCUUUACAACAUUAUGACAACAUUAUGAUGGGGGGGGGGGGUAAUUAAAAUAAAUGAGACAAUUACACAGUGACACAGGAACAAUAGGUAGAUGAUGGCCCUGCUCAUACGAGCUUACAUUCUAGGUCACAAUCCGUUAGGUUAGGUCUCUAAUCGUUCACUAGUUUGUAGAUCACACCUAGGUUCCUAAUUACCGUGGUUAAGCCAUAGUUCAUCCCAGAAUACAAAUGUAAACCAGAACCACAAACUAUAUUCUUAUUCUUUAUAAUAUUAUUCUAUAUAAUGUUUAGCCUAGGGGUCAAAGCGGGACAUUUGUUAAUUAUGGACGUAAGUCUUUAGAUAAGUUUUUAAAUAAUAAUAACCAUAGUAUUCGUUGAGCUGCUAUAAAUCUGUUGAAUCUCUGAUAAUCAAUGAUUAUUUUUUGAUUACCAAUAGCAUACUAACCUAAAUGUUUGGAUGUUGAUGUAUCCUACUUGCUGACUCGGUUGAGUAAUGGGGUAGAAGUCUGGUGCUUUAUGGUCUCAGGAUUUUGAUUUCAUAGAAAUAUACACUGCUAUGUAGGUUUUCUAGAAGAGCUCGAAAGAAUAUAGACAUAGGAAAAAUCAGAUCCUGCAAGGGACAAUUUUUAAAGGAAUAUUCCAGCGAAACAUUUUAUAUAUAUAUUUGUGGUUGGGGCAAUAUUGCCGUAAUAGUUAGAUAACACAUAAUUAGCAAUAAACGUCUUACUCAGUAGCACCGGUCAGUUGUGGUGUGCCGGAACCGAUGAUGUAGUAGGCCUGUAAUAAAGAGAGCAAAAACAAGUGUACCAUACAAAUAUAUUCGUUCAACAAUGCCUCAAAAUUACUUGGAGAAGUAACGAUAUGCCUGACAAAUCCCUAACCGGUUCCAGUAUAGAUAAUGUAUAAGAGGAUGAUUGCCAGUGUCCCAUGCCCGCGGUUGCCGAGUCCGGCCGUAAUUCGUGGAGUAGUCCUGGCUUUAAGGGAUGCCGGACAACUGUGUAUACUCUGCGAGAUGGAGCACCAGACCUUGCAGAGGUGUUGGGUAGAGACUGUCCCCCAGUGACUUGGGAACUCAAGGCAUACGAUUUAUGCAAAGCCACCAUUGGUAUAAUCCUUAUAACAUACUGGCAGGCUAGCUAUUGCCAAGUGGUGAAGAAUUUAACUAAUUAGGGUGACAGGUGAGGUCCUGCUUGUUGUCAAGCGGCAUGAGAGGCUCUAUGUGUUGACCCGCGGGGAGGUAGAGGCCACCAAGACGCGGGUGGCAGGGUGAUGGCCUCUCGGAGACUACUAAAAAUAAGAUAGAAUGGGAGUGACAGGUGAGGCCCUACCUAUGCAACAAUGCGAGGCGAAUAACUAUGCGGUGGGCCUAUGGCGUUGUCCUCCGAGUAUGAGGGGUAUCUCCGAGCAUGAGGAUGGGACCACUAGACUAUGGCAUAGAGGCCAGAAACCUAUCAUAGUGGGCACCUAGAUCCCUAACAACCCGUACUAUCUGCUAAUAGUGGACCUCAGCGUGGGCCGGAUCGUGCACCCGUGGUAGAAUAAGUGAAAAUGACCUACCCCCCUGGUGGACACGAGACAAGAAAGGCAAACACUGCAAAGAAGGAUGAGCUUCUCGGCAGAACCACGGUUGGACAAAGCGUGCCCCUAAGAGAAGCGGCCCGAGCCUGAACCAUAGAGGAGGGAAACCGAGGAGGGUAUAGGAUUAUGGCCAAAAAAAGGAAACGACCAGCGGACAAGAACCAGCAGGCGACAACGGAGAAUGAGCAGAGACCAGGCAACCAGAGCAUGAAACACGCUAGCGACCAUCACGAAUGCGCAACCAAGAGACCCAAAAACGCACAAAAUUUAAACAGGGCACGGGGUAAACCAGACGAGCGUUAAUAGGCGAAACGCAAAGCAGUUUGGCUGUCGUGUUCGCCUAUUAACGCUUGUCCAAAAAAAAAAAACAGACCCACCCGACAGCACAGCAACCCACCCAGCCUGGAAACCUAGGUAAGAGUAACUCGCCCGGCCAACCACAACCAACUACAUGCCCAGCCUUAAAUAUAUAGUGUAGAUUGAAUUGGCCGUAUUAGUCCAGUAGACAAGAUGCCAAAAUACCAGAGUAUUGCAGUAUGUAAUGAUACCUUUUUUAUUGGACUAACAUAAUAUUUCAAAGACAAGCUUUCAAGAGUUUUCCUCUCUUCCUCAGGUCUAAAGCAGUACUGAUCAAUUUGAUAGAGUUUAACACUUAAAACAACUGAUGUUAGAGAAGUGGAGGUGGGGGGGGAAGGGAGAGGGUCUCAUAAAUAGCAGAAGAUGUGCCUGAAAGUGAAAGGUGGAAAUUGUCUGUCAAUAGCCAGAAAAAGUAAAUAAACAGAGCAUAAGCUAGUUAAAAAGAAAGAAAACAGCAUAGCAGAGCAUGCAAAUAUAUAGCUGCAUAUAUGUAUGUAUCUAAAUUGAUCAAAUAAAGGUGAAGCGAAAAUAUUAGCCAGUCGUCCUCUGUGCCCUGUAAAUCAAGAGGGAAAUUUAAUAUAUUAGCAUUUUGAGUGCAAAACUUGGACAUCCCGCAUGAUAUUUAUUGUUACAAAAAAAAAGCUCACUAAGUUGGAUUCCUACAAUUCCUGUUAAAAAGAGGCACAAGGAAAUCUGUGCACCUGAAGAUUUUCAAAGGGAUAUUUAUGUGUGUCUGUUUUUACUUAAACCUAAUUAGUAUAUUGUAAAGCAGUACAUAAUCUGUUGGCACUAUAUAAGUGGCAAUAAUAAUACAUCCUAAGCAUUGUGCAUCUUAGGCAUCAUAGAUCAGGCCAAAACAAAGGGGGUUUCCUGUCUGCAAUAAGUGUAUGCAGGGAGGAGAAGCAAAAGGGCAAAAGAUAUGGUGAGGCCAAGCAUUUUACAACUGGUUAGAUUGUAUAUGUUUCAGCAUUGCAAAAACACUACCAAUAGCAUACAUUAUCAUCAGAUUUGUCAUCAAAGCAUGUCCAGAUCAUUCUCUUUUGACAAUAUGUAGUUUGUUCUGAGCCAAGCUAUUGACCUAUGGUUUUGUGUGGUUCCUGUCAUCUACAGAAUCUCCAUCACUCGUGUUACUGCUGACAUCUCUCUAGCCAAACGCUCUGUUUUGAACAAUCCGAGUAAACACAAUAUCAUGGAACGAUCCAACACCCGCUCCAGUCUUGGUGAGAUUGCAACAGACAGGUUGGGUUUAUUGAUAAUGGUGACAGCACAGAUUAUUUGGGGUGUGCAAUAAUUUAACCUCGAUUUGUCUUGAUUUACUAUAUUAUGGAUGCACUUUUAAAAUUAUUUUUACAAAAUAUAAAAAUACCAAAAAAUACACUGAUUAGCCACAACAUUAAAAGCACUGACCGGUGAAGUGAAUAACAUUGAUUAUAUCGGUACAAUGGUGUCUAUCCAGGGGUGGGCUAUAUUAGUCAGCAAGUAAUCAGUCAGUUCUUGAAUUUCAUGUGUUGGAAGCAGGAAAAAUUGGCAAGUGAAAAGAUCUGUGUGACUUUGAUAAGGGCCAAAUAGUUAAGGCUAAAUGACUUGGUCAGAGCAUCUCCAAAACGGCAAGGAAGGACAAAAAGUAAACCAGCGUCAGAGUCAUGGGCACCCAAGGCUCAUUGAUGCACGUGGGGAGCAAAGGCUAUCCCGUCUGGUCCAAUCACCCAGAAGAGCUAAUGUAGCUCAAAGUGUUGAAAAACGUAAUGCUGGCCAUGAUAGAAAGGUGUUUAGAACACACAGUGCAAUACAAUAGCCGCAAACCAGUCAGAAUGCCGAAAGCGCCUUCAAUGGGGACGUGAGUGUCAGAACUGGACCAUGGAUCAGUGGAAGAAGGUUGCCUGGUCUGAUGAGUCACAUUUUCAUUUCGAUCAAGUGGAUUGCUUUUGGUGCGUGUGCAUUGCUUACCUGGAUAGAGAGAGCAGCAGGAUGCAUUAUGGGAAGAAAGCAGGUCAGCAGAGCCAGUUUUAUGCUCUGGUCAAUGUUUGGCUGGAGAACCUUGGGUUCAGGCAUUCAUGGGAAUGCUACUUUGAAAUGUACCUCAUAACUUAAAGGAUCUGCUGCUACUGUCUUGGUGCCAACCACAGGGUACAUUCAGAGGUCUUGUUGAGUCGAUGCAUCAGGGCAGUUUUCAAAGCACAAGAAGGACUUACAUGAUAUUAGGCAGGUGAUUUUAAUGUUGUGGCUGAUCAGUGUAUGUCAUACAUAUCAACGAGCGUUCACAAGGCACUUCUACAACUUAUUCAACGCUGUAGGGUUAUAAGAAACUGUAAGGUAAACUCACAACACCAUGUACGCCAGUGAACAGAAUUGUGAUGUAGAAAAAAAGUUAUAACACUACCACACAUCUCUAUGUUUCGUUGAAAAACUUUAUCAAGGCCGAAAUAUGUAGACGUGUGGUAGUGUUGCUGAUCCUUCUUGCUCUACAUCACAGUGGUGUUUACUUGCCUACAUGGUGCUGUGAGUUUACCUUACAUAUUGUUCUAACCCUACGGGGUCAAGUGCCUUGUGGAUGCCCUUCAUUUUUAUUAUUUGCAUAUUGGUGUGACCUUCCUUCUGGACGUCGGAGGUGUUAAUACCAAGAUUGUUAUUUUACAUGCUGCCUGUGUUUUAUUCUUUGUCACUCAUGUUUAAUUUUUCAGAGAAUUCCAUUAUUUAGAUUUAAAGGGACACUAUAGUCACCUGAACAACUUUAGCUUAAUGAAGCAGUUUUGGUGUAUAGAACAUGCCCCUGCAGCCUCACUGCUCAAUCCUCUGCCAUUUAGGAGUUAAAUCCCUUUGUUUAUGAACCCUAGUCACACCUCCCUGCAUGUGACUUGCACAGCCUUCCAUAAACACUUCCUGUAAAGAGAGCCCUAUUUAGGCUUUCUUUAUUGCAAGUUCUGUUUAAUUAAGAUUUUCUUAUCCCCUGCUAUGCUAAUAGCUUGCUAGACCCUUCUAUUUAGAGAUUGAGAUACAAUUAUUUAAGGUAAAUUACAUCUGUUUGAAAGUGAAACCAGUUUUUUUUUUUCAUGCCCGCUCUGUCAAUCAUAGCCGGGGAGGUGUGGCUAGGGCUGCAUAAACAGAAACAAAGUGAUUUAACUCCUAAAUGGCAGUGAAUUGAGCAGUGAAAUUGCAGGGGAAUGAUCUAUACACUAAAACUGCUUUAUUUAGCUAAAGUAAUUUAGGUGACUAUAAUGUUCCUUUAACCUUGCAACUGGCCCCUAGUUCAUUCCAGUGUCUAGUUAAAUUACAACGGGAAGCACUUUGCCCUUCCUAGAAAGAAAAAGAAAUCACAGUCCUACUUACAAGAUUCAAAAUGUCAGGAUGACUUAAUCUCAUGAAUAACUAAAUGUAACAUUGUGAGACUAUAUAAUAUGGAAUACUGUAGAGUGCACACAGAGUGACCAAUGCAUUUAGUUAUGUGAUGGAACAAUUAAUUGGUUUCUUUUGGGAAUGACGAGCAUAUGUACGCCGCUACUGGUCACAGGGCUACGUUCUAGCUAACAUGGCUAUUUCCCAUUUUGAAAAUUAAGGUGAAGGUAGUGUAACCAGAUAUUCCAAAUAUCAAAACAUAUUGGAAUUAGAACAUCCAGCCUGGGUGAAAUAGAGUCUUUCUAAUUUCUUACUCUCUAUCUGUUGUUUUUUGUUUUUUUUUAUAAUACAGCGGAAGUGCAGAGUGAGAUUGAACGUAUAUUUGAGUUGGCCCGGACACUACAACUAGUUGCCCUUGACGCUGACACAAUCAACCAUCCCACUCAACUUGCCAAAACUUCACUUGCACCAAUUAUUGUUUAUAUUAAGAUUACUUCCCCCAAGGUGAGUAUUGCAAGAACAGUGAUAAAAGGUAUAAAAGAGACACAAUGGAGUACAGAUAAAAAACAGACUUUCCUAAUUUGAUAUGGUAAUGGGCAAAUUACAAAGUGUGUAUUGACAAUAUUGUACAUAUGAAAUUGAGUAUAUGUUUUGUAGUUUCCAGUUGUUGUUUUUUACUUUGUUUGGAGUGAAGAUCCUUGAUUCUUUUCUCCUACUCACCAGUCAUGCAACGUUAUACCUUCAACACUUUAUCUUUGUGGUCUUUACACUCUCUCUCUCUCUUUCUCUCCCAUGUAUCAUUCUGUCCUACUUCUUUCCUCCUUCCUUACUUUCAUUGUAUACACAUUAUCUGCCAAGUCACACCUUUGUUUCCUCUCUAGGUAUUACAUAGAUUAAUAAAAUCCAGAGGAAAGUCCCAAGCAAAGCAUCUAAAUGUACAGAUGGUGGCAGCUGACAAACUGGCUCAGUGUCCCCCGGUGAGUGCUUUUGAUGAUAUGAUGAACUCGGUGGAAUAUAUAUUUGUAGAAAAGCUUCAUAUUAUCAAGUUUGCUUUUCAUAAAACCUAAAAAGAAUAAGCUCUAUAUUAAUUUGAUAUUUCUUUUUUCCUAUUUGUGCUCUUCUGGAAUGCCUUGCUAGAACUAUAAUGAGAUGGAAUGAAAAAGAUAAAUGAUGAAAUUCUGUAUAGAGGCCAAUUUGCUUGUUAAUACUAGUCAUGUUAUUGGGGUGUAUCCACAAAGGUCCAACUAUUUUUUUUUUUUGAGGUCGGUUCAAGAUAGAUGCUUAAAGCCAGUGUAUAUUCUAUUUAUUCAGAAAGAGCUGAGAAUCCUUCAAAGAGUCAUCAUCCAUCCAUCCAAAGUCAGUUUAUACCGUAAAGAAGCAACCCUUGAUGCUUGCCUCUUUAUGGCUGUAAAGAAUUGUAUAGCGGAACCCCUUUUUGGCUGUCCCUUUCCUUUUAUUGAUUGUUGGCCCUGCAGAGAUUUUCCUGUGCCUGGAGUACACAAAACUCUAAGUACCUAGGUAUGGACAGACUUUGUUCGGUAUGGAAAUACCAGCUUACAUGUGAACGACUAAAAUUCACUAUACGAGCAAAGUACCGAAUGAACCGGACCACCCUGAUUUGAAUUAUGGAUAUAAUUUACCUCCUUGAUUGCUUUCUUAUUCCCUUGUACGCACGAACCCGCCACCAUUUCGGCAGCCGAACACGUGGCGGCCGCCAUUUUAAAUCCACGAACAGCGGUGUUUGGUCGUCGAGUGUCUGGAACUGAAAAAGGACACUCGACUAGCCGAACACCGCUAAAACCUCCAGGGCCCGGCGUUCAGUAGGAUGAAUCCCACGAACUAGGUGAUUCAUCCGGUUACCGAAUGCACUAUGGAUGUUAUAGCAAUUCGGGACUUUUGGGGCACGAAUGGAGACCGACCGCAGGGCCAGAUUUCAUGGAACUAUUUUCGGCUACUUUGCCCAUGCGGUCGGUCAAAACUUUACCUUCCCUUAACUCCCGAACCCCUGGUCAGAUCUGGGUGAUUUUUGGAUAUGUUUCUCACCCAGAUCAGGGCUACCAAGGGGUACCCUAUUUAAGGGCAUAUUCCACCUAUUUGAGUUACAUCUGAAAAGUGGGGAAAAAUGGGAUUGGAUAAUGUACUAAUUGUGGUGAAUCCCUCCCUUGCAUGGGAGAAUCUCAUAAAAGCAGGAAUGUUGCCAUUAAAAGUUAGUUCAACUCCUGAUACUGUGUGUCAUCCAGUGAUUGGGGAAAGUGAUGGGAUAUUAUUGGAGUGUAUUGCUGAUUGUGCUGGAUAGUCUCUUGGAUGUAUUACUUGUUCCUGCAUUCUCUUAAAGUACUUGGUGGAGUUUAGCUGUGGGAAAUCAGCUCUCCGCUACAAAUUGCUCCUUAAAAUUGUCAGUUGUCAAGUAAUGAAUUCAAAGAUUGCUGUAUAAUAAAAAAAAUCAUCCGUGGUAACAGUAUGAUGCCAGCACGCAAACACCUGAAGAAAAUGGUUGGAGGAACCAUGGAGCACUGACUAAAGCUUCAUCAUCCCCCACACUUUUUCCAUCAUUAUGCAGCGCAAAAAAAUGAGAGAGGUGGUCCACAGAUCAUUUACUAACCUGGAAGUUGAUACAUGCUCCUGCCUAGCAGAGUGCCCUGUUUCCAGAAGGAUAUGAGUUACUAAAACUGAAAGAGAACGUCUUCUCUUUUCCCCAUGUAAUUUUGUGAGAAACAAAUAAUACAACAAAAAAAACAGGAGUGGGUAUUAUGUAUUUUUUUUUAUUUACAAUUUUAAAUGAUGCGUUAUGAUGCCAUGUACUCUGAGAAGUUGAAUAUUUAAGCUUAUCUUCUCUCUUCUGCAGGAAAUGUUUGACAUCAUCCUAGAUGAGAACCAGUUGGAGGAUGCCUGCGAACACCUGGCAGAAUAUCUAGAAGCUUACUGGAAGGCCACCCAUCCUCCUAGCAUCAACCCACCCAAUCCACUGCUCAACCGUACCCUGGCCACAGCUGCCCUGGCCUCCAGCCCUGCACCCGUCUCCAACCUCCAGGUGCAAGUGCUCACCUCACUCAAACAAAAUCUAGGCUUAUGGGGGGGUCGUGGGGAGACUGGAGCACCCACCAGAGUGGAUGAGGAUACAGUGUAACAUGGCUUUAGGAAGCUGCAGGGUACCACACUGCAACAUUUUCCUAUCUUUUACACGUUCUGCUUACCUGCCCUAAUUAAUGAAGCCAUUAAUACUCUGGCAACAGUAAUACUAAUAAAAUGAUGUUCUGUGCAUUACGUUAGUAAUGAAGGGAUUGCUGGAGUGGUACUCUGCAGAUCCCUUGCAUUCAGUGAACCAUCAAAGUGGCAUACACAUCUUUCCAUUUACACUGUCACAGUGUUUGGUGGUGAGCUUCCUUGUCAUAUUUCCACCCCAUCUUCUUUUCACCUCCCCCACCCAAUCAGAUUAAAUUGGACAUCUUUCAAAGUCUUCUUUCCAGCUGUCUGUCACUUCUGUGUUCCCCCUUUAUCCGUGGCAUUGCCAGCUGCAACUAGGGUAAUUGGUUGGCAGGUAAUAAAUUGGGGGAAGACACACUUCAUAAACUUAGUAACCUCUCUCUGAAUGAGAGUGUGCUGUGCCCCAAAAAUAUAACUUAUAUUUUCAUUUUUUUUGUGAUAAUUUUUUUUUUUUUUUUUUACAUUUGUUUUACUUUUGUGUUUGUAACUAGUAAAAGUAUAAUAAUUUACUCUUGCUUUUAACUAAAGAGAUAUGGUCGAAUUUAGCCAAAAUCUGCAGAAAUAAAGAUUGCCAAAAUACAUCUGCUAGGGAUAAGGACACCCUGACCCAAACACAUGGUUGAUUUGCAACAUUUGUGUUCUAAAGUCUUAUUUCCACUUAAAGGGGCAGUUCAUUACAGUGGUUAUGGUUCUAUAAGUGAUACCGCUUUUGGUUUUUAGUUGUUUUUUUUUUAAUAUCAUUUGUAAGUGGUUUACAAAAAUGGGCUUCUCUAGUGCAGCCCCUUUCCAGUUGCACUGAUAAUGAAGAAACUACACUUCCACUUUUUCAGUGUCAUUCUGUUCUGCACGGCAGUAUUAGGCUGAGUGUGCUGGAAGAGGAUUAGCCCAGUGCUCUUACCCUAUCAUAGCCUUAAAGAAACAUAACUACCGUAAUUCGUUGGGUGUAGUGCAUAGAGUGCCCCUUUAAUUUGGGACAAUUACAAUUUGAUUUUUUUUUUCUAAACGGAAUCUAAUAUUUAUAGGGUUUAUAUAAAUUUCCUACAUAAAGCCCUUAUAUGGGGACAUAUAUUUAUAUUUUAAUUAAACUGACAAAUUAUGUGUAAAGUUUUAGUUUAUAUACUGUGACUAUUCAUAAAGAUUUCAGCAAUUAUAUAUUUGACUUUUCUUUUUCUGCCAGAUUUCUAUGGUUUCAUUAGGAUAGAAUGGACUGCCUUAUAAAAGAGCUUUAUAUUUAAGGCUGUGUUGCUGCAUAGAUGCAUUUUACCUCUCACAGGGCCAGUCACUAAAGCUUAAAAAAAAACUGUGGAGAUCUGACAGGAGAAUUGUAAAUU